CAAUUCACAUCGUGCUAUGAAAAGCCACUCACGUUUGUUUUGACACACAUUUUUCUCCAAUUUGUACUCAUCUCACCUGUAUUGAGUGAUAAUAAAAACAAGAAAUAUAUUAGAGUGGGUGGACACUAUCAAAAGCGAUUAAAUCGAGUACAUUUUCCAUUGCAAAACUCUUUUGUGAAGAAGUUUUUUUUUGGAGAAGUUUUUCCAGCCGAUUUCGAAACAUAAAAUUUGGCUGAAGAGACAAAGAGAGCAUAAAAAAAGGCCCUCGCGGAGUAUUUGUGUAUUGUUAUAUAUAUUUCGUGCUGUGUAGUUGUUUAGUAUAUAAUUCCAAGUCGUUGUUGCAAUUUUGUGGGUCUGAUCUCAAAAAGUGGCCCAGCUUGAGUGAAUUUUUUUUUAUUUGGAAGCUCUCAACAACCACAUGUUUCUGUUGUGGUAUUGUUGUGCUGGAGCCACGAGUUUAUGUUGUGUAUAGUAUAGGAUAUACAUAAAAUGUGGUAAAAGUGGGGAAGGUGCAUGUGAUUGAGGGGCUAAACGCGAAAUGGAGAGAAAUACUCCAGCAAAAGUGGAAUCUCUCGGCGAUCUGUCGUCUCUUCAGUAUCGAACCGGCUUUCGUGGGAAAUUGUUGGAGGUGUCCGGCUACGCUACAUAAGCUUUUCCAUCUCCUCUAGUAAUUUUCUGGUGGUGGAAAAUAUUCUAUUGAACCACCCACGAGUUUUUUCACACACAAGGGAGACUUUUUUUUUUAAAGAAAAGCUCCCUCAAGAAAAGUGGGUGUUAUCAGCAGUUGGGAAAAUUCGCAUUUUCUCCUGUCUGUGAACUUUGUGAUUGAAGAUAAGUCCAAAAGUGGAAAAUUUUGGGCGUGGGUGAAGGAAAGAAAAAAAAAUGUUCUCAUCUGAGAGAUGAAUAAAAUUCUUCCUUAAAAAUAAUAUUGAUUGUGAAUAACCGAGUGCCUUUUUCGGAGUGGGGGUGUGUUUGAAGAAAGUGGAAUUGUUUUAUACUUGAAUGCAUUCAAGCAGUAAAUGUGGAGUCUGAGGGGGAUUUGUGAAAGAGCAAAUGAACGAUGGAUCACAGUGGACAAUAUGACGAUAGAGAGAGUCCCGGCCCCAGUGGAAGACAACGACGACGGGGGCAUGGGGAUGAAAUUGACGGGACGGUGGGGCAGGUGCGUCGGCUUGUGGAGCGCUACGAAGAGGAACCCUCCGUGGAGGACACGGAAACAUUUGAGCGAACAUACGAGGAGGGUGAACUUGGUGGGCAGACGCGUGUCUUCCACAUGGAGAAGGUCACAUUCCGAAAAUCAGUGCGACAGAUUGAAUUUGUGAGAGAAGAUUCGGGCUUUAGUUUCCCAUCGGAGACACCAUUCCAGCGUACACCCGAAUCACCGCCAUCGACAUCCUGGAGCCGGGAGGAUUCGGCAUUUAAAUCCCAAACAUUCAGCAGCACUCCUUCCAAUAUUUCCCCAUCACUUGCCUCCCCCGUAUCUCAUCAUGCCGAUGAUGGUGGGGCAUGGCGCCUCCGUACAGGACAUCAUCCAUUCCAUGCCACGAGUGCAUCGAAAGUCGGAAUCGUUAGAAGUAUUUCCCAGUAUGAUUCCCACAUUAAACAAAUUCGAGACGAACAAGAACGAGUACAGAAAAAGACAUUCGUAAAUUGGAUUAAUUCAUACUUAUCUAAGCGAGUUCCACCGCUUCGUGUAGAUGAUUUAAUUCAUGAUCUUAAGGAUGGGACAAAACUCCUGGCUCUGCUGGAAGUUCUCUCGGGUGAGAGGUUACCAGUGGAGAAGGGACGUGUCUUGCGUAGACCACACUUUUUGAGUAAUGCCAAUACGGCCCUGCAGUUCUUGGCCAGCAAACGCAUUAAGCUCGUCAAUAUUAAUCCAUCGGAUUUGGUGGAUGGGAGACCACCGGUUGUUCUUGGAUUAAUUUGGACGAUCAUCCUGUAUUUCCAGAUUGAGGAGAAUAGUCGUGCUUUGGAGUAUUUAGGACAUGGCCUCGGUGGUUCGCUGAGUUCACUGGAUAGUUCUGGUGUUUCAACGACCCCAACGGAUGCAAAGGCCGAGAAAUGGAGACAAGGUGCCCGAAAUACGUUACUUCAGUGGGUGACGAAUGCAUUGCCACGUGAUUCGGGUAUAGAAGUUAAGGACUUUGGUGCUAGUUGGCGAGAUGGAAUAGCAUUUUUGGCAUUGAUCGACUCAAUCAAGGCCAAUCUCGUCAAUAUUGCGGAAAUGAGGAAGGAAUCCAAUAGGACACGCCUCAAUACGGCUUUCGAUGUGGCCGAGGCGAAAUUGGGCAUUGCCCGCAUUCUCGAUGCUGAGGAUGUUGAUGUUGAGAAGCCAGAUGAGAAGAGCAUUAUGACGUAUGUUGCACAAUUUUUGCACAAAUAUCCAGAACCCAGGAAGCAAUCUGCUGGGCAUGAGACAACAAUCCAACAGGAAUAUAAUGAAUUUAUGCGAUGGCUCCAGGAGAGAACGGAUACAUUUGAGUCUCUCAUCCAGGAGGAUCGUCUCUCGAGGAAUUUUAGUGACUUUAUGGGUGCACAGAGUGAGAAUAAAUCACGUGAAGCAGCUUACAAGAAAUUCCUAACAUUGACCAGCUCAAAGAAGAAUAUUCUCGGUGUGCCACACGGGGCGAAUGAGUUGAUACAGAGCUUGUGGCAGAAGUUGGAGCGACAGAUGCUCUAUUGGCUGUGGAGCCUGGAUUUGCGCCUUCCGGGGAAUUUCAAAGUUGUCGCCAAGUGGCUGUGUGAUGCUGAAACAAUUCUCAUGGGUGACGAUAUCCCGGAAGCAAUGAAUGAGGAGACAGCAUCAAUUAUAAGUCGCAAACUGGAGGAGCAUAAGCAAUUCUUUGCUGAAUACCCAAACAUUGUUGAGGUAUUCAAGAAGACACGAAGCUUCCCAUUGGAUCCAUCGGUGCAUCCCGAAGAGAUUGCCCUGAUGGAGAAGAGAUUGUACGACAUUGGACCAAGAGCAACACAGCGGCGUAUUCGCCUCAAAUUCCUCGAGCACAAAUGCUGCCUUAUUGCCUUCCUGAAUCUCGUGGAGAAUAAGCUGAAGCUCUGGACGGCAAAGUGUGGGCGUCAGGAGAAGGUGCAGCAACUCCUGGAUCAGUAUCAGAACUUUGUGUCACGCAAUAAAAUCUUCCAAGAAUUCAGUAAAGCCUUUGUGGACAUGCAGCAAGUUGUGGAGGAAUACAAGCGCGAUGGGAACAUCACGAAGGAUGAAGUGGAGGAUAUUGAGCGUUUUAUGCGUGACACGGAAACACGUUGGACUUCCGUCUCAAUGGAAUUGCGCUGUGCUCAAAAUAUGCUUGAAGAAGUCAUUGCAUACUGGAAGCGAUGGAAUUUGCUGACAAGUGAAUUUGUUCCCUGGCUCGGGGAUGCAGAGGCCUAUGUGAAGAAGUCCGAAGAUGAACGCCUUGAAUUCUUCCAGGAUAUUGGAGUUUGGCGGGAAAAAUAUCAACUUAUUGUCGAUACGGGAAACUUCCUCGCGGGUACGUGUGAGGAUGAGAUAUCAGCUGAACUGAAGAGUGCCAUUAGUGAUCUCACAUCGCGCUGGGAGAGACUCUUUGGGGCAACAAAGCACUACGUCCAUGCGGGGGAUAUCCUCAAAAAUCGUCAAGAGUACCGAAAUGGUCUGGAGAGACUCAGCAAUUGGCUACGAUAUGCUGAGCAAGUGCUGCAGAAUCAAUCCCUGGGAACAACGGAGGAAAUUAAGAGAUACGGCGAGGCUGUGCAGAAGCUCCAGGGGGAGAUUGAUGACAUUGAGGAGCUUUUCAAGCAUAUCAGCAAAGUUUUUCAGAGCCUCAUUCAGGAUCUUUCACGCGAGGAGGUGGAUAAGAAUAUGUCGAUUCUGAAGAAGGAGAAAGAAGCUCUUGUGCGUGUACGUGCAAUGAUUCCCGCACGUUUGCAUCUCUUCCAUCAGCUUCUUGUGCAGCAUGAAUCACUGGAGAGUGGUCAGAGGGAGAUCACAGAGUGGCUCAAUGAAGCAGAGACAUUGUUGAGUUCCCUAUCCCUUGCUGGAGGACGUGAUCAUCUUAAUAGCGAACUAAAUCGCCAUAAAGUCUUCUUCCAACGAACUCUCUACUACAAAUCCAUGCUGGAGAGUAAGAAUAAAGUUUUCCAGAAUGUCCUGAAGAGCAUCACAACGGAGAAGAAUAUCGAUUGCAGCGAAGCAGUUGAUCGGAUGAAGGAGUUAAAUGAGAGAUUUGACUAUGUGACAAAGAAUGCGCAACAGUGGGAGAAUAAACUCAAUGAAGCCGUUCGUUGUUGGCGCAAUUUCCGCGACAAUGAACGCGUCAUUGUUCAUUGGUUGAGUCAAGCUGAAGUCUUCCUUGGGGAGCGUGCGAUGGAAGUUAAGGAGGUCAUUGAGACACAGAAGCUCUUUUUUGACACCCUAAAUGAACGCUGGAUGAAUGAAUUGGUGCAAUCGGCGCAGGAUUUGCUGAAGUGCCUUCCAGCGCAGGAGCAACAGAUCAUUGUGAGUGGAGUUGAAGCUCUGCAGGAGAGGUGGAAGAAUGUCCUUUCGGCAUUCCCAUAUCAUCUUCUCAAUUUGGAAUUCCGCGUGGAGGAGAAUAGCUUCAAUCAGUUGCUGAAGGAUGUGGAGAAGGAGAUAAAUCUUGAGCAACAAGCAUUGAUCAAUAGUGAAGAUGUCGAUGCGAUUUUGCGUAGGAAUCAGGAUUUCUUCAAGAUGACUGGAAGUGUGGGGAAGAUUGAAAAGUGCCUGGAGAAUAUGCAGCGAAUUACCGUAGCUUACGGGCAGAAUCGUCCAUCGGAGAGACAAUUUGCUGAGGCCACGGAAAAUGCCCUGAAACGAUGGGCCCAGAUGACGGAGAAGAUUGAAGGUGUGAAGAAGAUGCUGCACAAGAUCCCAGCGCAAUGGGAUCAGUACCAUCAGAAAUUCCAAGAGAUGGUCACAUGGAUGGAUUCUGUGGAUGCCUCCUUGAAGAAUAUCACAACAGAAGUGGAUUCCAUGGAGGAGUUUGAGAAGGAGAGAGUCGUUUUCCAGAAAAUCUGCCAUGAUGCAGAUUCAAAGCGUGAGAACAUGAAGUGGCUGGUGAAGUGCCUCGACUCUCUCCUACCGUAUGCAAGUGAAAGUGAAGCUGGGGAGGAGCAGAAGAAGCUUGAGAUGAUUAUUGCACGCUACAAGAAUCUAAUUCCAACCAUCGAGGUAACAAUGGUGCGUACAGAAAUUUUCUCAAAAUGUUACACUUACCGUCGCGAAGUGCGUGAAAUUGUGACCCUGCUUAAUAAAGUCCGCGACCAGACACUGUCGGCACAGCCACCCGAGAGUCUAUCUCAGGUGAAUAAGAUGGUGCAGGAGCAGCAGUAUGCCAUCAAUCAACUCGAUCAGCAGCGUCCAAAUAUCGUUUCAAUGCUGCAACGUGGUAAGGAUCUCAGCAAGGACGUUCAUGCACCGACCUUUGUCACGGAUGAAGUUAAAUCCCUCGAGAGUGGAUGGAAGGAGGCCUACAAUGAGUCCAUUGAUAAGCUAAAGACACUCAAAGACACCCAGCAAGUGUGGAAUGAGUACACAGAGCAACGCAAUGAAAUUAUCAAUUUGCUGGGAAAUGCAGAGACUGAACUACGAUCAAUAACACCCCUUCAAACUGAUCCCAAAAACGUAACGUCCGAUUUGAAGGCAAAGAGAGAUCUCAAUGCUCACAUGCAGCACGUUUCCAAGCAAAUGAUUGAGCGUCUGCGGGAAUUGUCGGAGAAUCUCAUCCCACUCACAGCAACUGAGAAGCAGCCACAAUUGACGAAAGAUGUGGCCGAGUUGGAGAAACAAUUUGCCCGGACAAUGGAUCAUGUGAAGGAGAGAGUUGAAUAUCUCGAGGAUUACAGCCACAAAUGGAAUGACUACAAAGAACGCUUGGCUGAACUACAAGCAUGGGCUGCCCAGACUGCUCCACAGCUGAUUGAAUCCCUCCAAUCGGUCGACCUGACGCCCGAAGAGAAGAAAGCAAAGAUGGUUUCAAUUCAGCAAAUGCUCAGUGAGAAAAUGCGUCAACUUGAUCUCCUUGGGAGCGAUGCGAGUGAUUUGGCGCCAAAAGAAGGAAAUCUCGGUGAGGCAAAACGCCUUAAGAACGAAGUGCACAAAUUGCAGGAAACAUUCAGUGCCAUCAGUAGGAAUUUCGACAAUAAGGCUAAUGUUGUGCAGCAUGAUUUAACCAAUUGGCAAAAAUAUCAGGCUGAAUUGAAGGAAAUUAAGCCACAAAUUGAAAAUAUUGAAAUACGCAUGAAUGUUUCAGCCCCUAAGCCGGCUUCCCUGCAAGAGGCAAUCCUCGUGCAGCAGCAGGCAAAGCAAUUUGAGCAGGAGUGCGAGAAUCAAUUGGGAAAACUCCAAAAUGCUGCACUUAUUAGUCAGAAUUUAACAUGCAAAACCAAUGCACCCGAUGAAUUGGACUCAAUUAAUUCUCGAUGGAAUUCCGUGCAUGAAAAUGCGAAACAAAUGCGUGGGAAAGUUGAUAAAUUGGUGUCCAAUUGGCAAAUCUUCGACACAGAUGCAACAAAAUUGGAAAUGUGGAUUGAUGAUACGGAGAAGGUGAUUCAGAAGCGACCGAAAAUUCUGCAAACUCCCCAAAUUGAAAAAUUGGAAAAGGAAUUGAUUAAACUAAAAUCCUAUAACAAUGAAAUAUCCGAGCAUCAGGCUAAAUUAAUGGCACUCACGCAAACUUCUGACAUUAUUGCAAUUUCCGUUGCCCCCGAAGGUGCAGCAGCACUAAAGGAGCGUCUAAAUGUGAUGAAGCAGAGAAUUGGAGCACUCUCCGAGGGUGUUCGGGAUAGAAUUAAUGAAAUUAUGGAUGCCAUAAUGAGUCGUCAAGACUUCAAUACGCAACUCAAUGAAUUUUCCAAUUGGAUCGGGGAAACACGCACCAAGGCAAUGCAAACGGAUGAAAUUACAACGGAUAAGCUGGAGUAUGCUGCACAAAUUGUUCACGAACUUCAGCAGGAUAGUGCAGACAAGAAGCCAAUGUUCAAUAAAAUUUACAAUGAGGUGAAAUCAAUGGUGUUGGAAGCUUCCCCGGAGGAUGCAACAACACUUAAUGAAGCCUACACAUCUCUCGUCUCGGACUACCAAGAGCUCGAUGCAAAUUUGGAGCACAAGAAGAAGGCAAUGGAAAAGUGGAGAGAACUUCUGGGUUGGCAAAGUGAGACCAAUAGUCAUUUGGAUCACAUUCAGCACCAAUUGGAUAGUCCUGAGAGCAAGGAUAGAGCGAAAUUGGAGGGAAUUCUGCAGGAAAUCAAUGAUAUUGGCAAAAGUAUGGCCGAUUGGAAGGCUCAACCGCAUUUGAAUGAGGAACUUUCGUGCAUUCAAGUACGCGAUAAGGCAACAAGGGGGCUGCUCAACCUCCCACAAUUGUUCAAUGCAAUUGAGACAAAAUUGGAUGCACUGAAAGCCAAGACAGUGGAUCAGAUUGAUUCGUCGGAGAAGCAAACAAAGCAAAAGGAUAAUUUUGCAUCAUUGGAAAAAUCCUUUGUGAACAAUUUAACUGAAGCUCGGGCAAAAUUGACUGAGAUUACUGCAACAAAGCUCACCCCAUCGAAUCUUGAGCAUGUUCUCAAUGAGCUUGUAAUUUUGGGCAAUACGCUCAAGAAUCAAGCACCGAUGAAGCAGAGAAUUCACGAUGCUGGAAAUACGGUGAUGAGUGCGGAUAUUUCAGGGACACAUCAGGUGCAGGAAGCCCUGCUUAUGAUGGAUCGUGAAUGGGAGAAUCUCAAUCAGGAGAUUGCCGAUAGAAUUGCCAACUAUCGUGUCAUCUAUCAAGCCAUGAAGGAGUACAAUGAGGCAAAGGAUAAAUUUGGCAAGGAAAUGGGAAAAGCCAUUCAAAUGGCCACACUUAUUCCCGUUGAUGUGGCCGAUGAGGAAAAUAUUAUCCAUGCUUCAGACGCCUCCAAGCGCUCAUUGGAGUUUGUGCGGAAGUGCAAGGGACCCCUGGAUGAGCUUGAGAAGAAGGGUGCGCAAUUGCUGAAACUCUUUGAGACACCCUAUCAAUCGCAACCGGAAGAAGUUGUGGAGGUAAUUGAUGAUUCGCACAAACAGUACCAAGCGGUGCUGGAUAGUGUGGCACAGAAGGCUCAACUGUUUGAAGUUGAGAGUGCUCUGUGGAAGCAAAUUGAUUUGCUGAAGAAUGAAUUAUUCCCCUGGUUGAGUGAUACAAACCAGAAUCUCUGUGAUUCCGCCAAAAAUAUCCAGGAACUUGAACAUAGUGCUGUGCGAUUGAAUAAGUAUAAGAAUGAAUUGCCCCAAUAUGUUGCCCUGAAGAAGGAACUCUGUGCGAAGGUUAAUGAGUUGAAGGAAUUGAAGAAGGAAGAUAUUCCAAUGUUGGGAAGUAUCGUUGAAUCACUCGAUGAGCAAUUUGUCACUGUUGAAACAAAUGCAAAGCAUUUGGAAGCAAUGGCACAGACCCUGAAUGCGCAAGAGAAGGAAAUAAGGACUUGCAUUAAGCUCUUUGGGGAAGCUGUAAAUAAGAUUCGUGAAGCUCUUAUUAAGUGUGAUGAUAUGUCCGGUGAUACGUCCAAAAUCAUUGAACGCAUCAAAACGUGCAACAUACUGAAGCAGGAGCUAUCCAAUUGUGGUGAUGAAAUUAGUCAUUUAGCAGGACGCGUUGCUGAAAUGCAGGAGAUUCAUCCCUCAAUUGCCAAUUCGAUCAUUCCCAAGGAGCUGAAUAAUGUACAAAAGCGCUAUGAGAGUGUUCAGACGAAUGCAAAUAAAAUUGAAGAAACUCUCCUGAAUUUCCUGAAGAAACUCCAUGCAGAUAAAAUUGAUAUUCUCCGGAGGAUGAUUAAGACACAAAAGGAGAAGAUUGCGUGGUGCCUUCCGGAACCGGGGAGUGAUAAAUACAAUCUCGAAGUGAAGAAGGCAGCUCUCAAUGAUAUUCAACGGAGUAUCGGGGAUAUUGAGAAGCGAGAUGAUGAUCUCAAGAAUUCACUGAAAUUGCUGGAAAAUAUUGCUGUUGAUGAUAGUCUCAGGGAUUUAAUUGGUCAACAUGACAGCUUGGUUGCUGAACUGGAGGAUCUUAAGGCGAAUUGUGGCAAUACCCGCGAUGUUCUCCUGGAGAAUGUUUCACAAUGGGAUGACUAUGAAAAGGCAUCAGACAGCAUUAUUGGCACAAUAAAGCAAAUUGAGGGUGAAUUGAAGGAGGAAUGUGCUACACAAAUUAAUCUGGCCGGGAUUGAUAGAACCCUCGAGAAGAUUAACACCUUCAAAGCCACCCUGGAAGAUGUUGCGCCCAAAUUGAAGCAGCUCGAAGAAUUAGCCAAAGUGCUCAAUGAGAAAAAUCCCGAAGCGAGACCUAAUCAAGUUGCAUCGCAUCUUGCACAAAAGUACGCAGCAGUUGUGAAGCAAGUUGGCAAUCAAUUGACGCGGCAUGCAGAUGUGAAGGCCAAUGGCGUUGCUUUUGGGGAGAAUUUGAAAGAAUGCCAAGCAUGGUUGGAGAAUACGAAUAAAUCCUUCACUGCCCUCACGGAAGAAUUGGCAAAGAGUGAUGCACCCAAAAUGCAGCUCAUUGAAAGGGUGAAAGAAAUGAUUCCCGAAAUGGAGAGUGGAAGAGCACUAAUUGAUAAGCUCAAUGAUUCCGGAGAAGCCCUUUGUGCAGUAACUACAUCAACAAAUCGUGAUUCCAUUCGAAAGGACGUUAAAGCAGUUCGUGAGGAGUUUGAAAAACUCAACAAUAGUGUUGCAAAUACACUGAAAAAUCUCGAAGGGAUUCUCAUUCAGAAGGCAUCAGUUGAGGAAAAUAUUGCCCAGACGAGUCAAUGGUUGCAGGAUGCAUUUGCAAAGACCCCAGUGGAAUUGGAAUUGGGUGCAACACUAGCAGAGAAGAAAACAAUGUUGCAAAAGUAUCAGGCACAACUGAAGGAUAUUGCGCAUCAGAAGCAAAAUUUGGAUCAAUUAAAAGCAAAGACGAGUAAUUUAGCUGACAAGAGUCUCCUUGAGAAGGUUUCCAAGGAAAUUUCAGAGUUUGACACGCUACAGAAGCUUGUAAAGGAUAAAAUUGAGAUUUACAAGAAACACGUGAAAAAUCAUGAAUGUUACGAUGAGAUUCUGGAGAAGGCAACAGAUUGGUUAGUAGCACUCAAAGUGACCGCUGUGGAUGUUUUGGAUGCAGAUAAAUUCGAGAAGGAAACCACCCAGGAGAAACGAUUAAUAAUUGAGAAUUUGCUGGAACAGGAACCGGAAGGAGAUGCAAUUUUCGACACUUGCCACGAGAAACUCCAAACAAUUCUCCCUGAAACGCAUGCAAAUGGCCAUGAGGGACUUCUUAGCAAUUGCGCUGAGCAGAAAAAGGCAUGGAAGGACUUUAUUGAACAAUGUCGUGAAGCUCUCAAGAGACACGAUCAAAUGUGUAGCCAGUUGAAUGAAUUCCAGAAUAUCGUUGAGAAUUGCGAUAAAUGGCUCAAGCAAAUGGAGAAUAUUGUGAAGGAUCAGAGUUUGAAGAAUGGCCAAGAGGCCAAAGAGCAGCAUCUUAACAACCUGAAGAAUCUUUCAAAUGAAAUCACCGGAAAAUCCCCAGAAAUUGGGCAGAUUAAUGAGAAGGCGCGUCUCAUUGAGAAUGAACCUGAAUUGGCGCUAAAAGUUUCUCGGCUUAAUACCCGAUGUCAAGCUGUUAAAAAUGCCUGCAAGGAUUCCAUAGCAAGGUAUGAGAACUACAUCAAGGAUCACAAGGAUUUCGAUGGGGAAUACGAUGAGUUCAAAGGAAAUCUCGAGGGUAAUAUUGCUGCACUGAAGGACAACAGUGAAAUUGUGGGAGAUCUUGAAGUUCUUCAUGAUCGUUUGAAUAAAAUUAAGGAGCUGGCUGAUAAACGUAUUCUCGAUAGCUCCAAAUUUGAGAGUAUCAUUGAGAAAGGGGAGAAGCUGUAUACGCACACAAGUCCAGAUGGGAGGGAAAUAAUUCGGCAGAGAUUGAGAAUUUUGCGUACAAUGUGGGAUGAAUACACGGAUGAUUUAAAUUCAGCCAUACAAAAAUUGGAGCAAUGCCUCUUGCAAUUUGGUGAAUUCACAUUGAGUCAGGAACAGCUGACAAAGUGGCUGAAGGAUGUGGAGAAAUCCAUGCAGAAUCACAUGGAAUUGAAGAGUACGCUUCAAGAGAAGAAAGCUCAGCUGCAGAAUCAUCGUUUAAUGCAUCAAGAAAUCCUCUCGCAUCAUCCUCUAGUGGAAUCCGUGUGCGAUAAAGCUCAACAGCUCGUUGAUCAAACGAAGGAUUCAUCCCUAAAUCACUACUUUGACUCCAUUAAACAGCUCUUUGAUAAUAUUGUCAAGAAAUCCGAAGAACUAAUGACGAAUCUUGAGAAUUGCGUACAAAUUCACAACAACUACAACAUCCUUUUGGCAAAUUUCAAAUCAUGGCUCAAUAAUGAGAAGGAAUUGGCAUUGGAAGCUGAUGAUAUAGCCGGAGAGAAGUCCGAAAGUACUCGAAGAAUGAAUAUCUUGGAUCAAUUGCAAAAGAAUAUUCCCACUGGAGCGAAUUCUUUAGCGGGAUUGAAGGAGAAUAUUGAGAUUGUUGGGAAGAGUACAUCGGCUGAUGGCAAAAAGGCACUUCAGGGUGAAAUUACAGAACUCGAGGCAGCUUUCAAUGCCCAUAUUGCCAAUAUUGAUGCCCUUAAGGUCAAACAGGCAGCUGUUAUGGCGCAAUGGCAGCAAUUUGAUGGUAAACUGGAGGAAUUAACAAAUUGGUGUCGUGGAAAGGAGACAGUCUUCAAAGUUGAACACCUACAGCCAUCGUUGGAGACGAAGGAGAACCAACUGAAGACAUUCAUCGAGGAAAGAAAUGCAAUUGUGGAGAAACAAAAAGAUUUUGAUGAAUUUGUAGAUAUUUCGCACAGCUUACAGGCAUCUAGUGGCACUGAGAGGAUUAAAACGCUUACAAUGCAGCUCCUAAAUCGCUAUCAGUUGCUACAGGUGCUGAGUAAGGAGGUUGUCAAUCGGUGGCAGGGUCUGGUGGAGGAUCAUCGAAAGUAUGACAAUAAGAUGCGUGAAGUCCUUUCCCUGAUAAUACCACUUGAAAAUAAACUAACUGCCCUCGAUAGUCCCGAAUCCCUUGCUGACAACUUAACUCUCCUUCAAUCACUAAUUGCGGAGAAAGAGGCCACAGAUGGCAUUAUUUCAUCCCUAAUUGUGCUGGGUGAGAAAAUUCUACCAGACACAUUGGGGCAAGGAAGGGAGAAGAUACGCCAGGAAUUGCGCGAUGUGCGCGAUCGAUGGGAUAGUAUGGAAGAGCAUUUCAACGAUUUACAGAAACGCCAACAGUCGCAGAAUAUGCAGUUGUCCAAUUACAAGGAUACCCUGCAGCAGGCACUUCAGUGGCUGGAUGUUGUGGAGAAGGGGCUGCAGAAGGAUCAAUCGUCCGUUUCGACGACAAAUCAAGAAAUUAAAGCUAAAUUGAUGAAGCUAAAGAGUACAGGACAAGAUAUUUCGGCUCACAAGAGGCUCAUUGAGGUGACUACGGAGAAAGCCAAUCAGCUCCUUCAAGCGGGCACAGUGAAGAACCCGGAAGAAAUUAAGAGUAUCGCCGAGAACAUUAAUACACGCUACAACAAUGUCCAAGCAUUGUGUGCUAAACUACUCUCACAGCUGGAGAAGAUGUCUGAAAUCUUCCAAACAUUCUCGGAACUUCACAAAACGCAACAAGACUACCAGAAGAAUCUCUGGGAUGCUCUUGCAACGUAUUCCGAUUGUUCUGGGAAUAAAGCUGCACUACAGUCGCGUUUGGGUAAGUUGAAUGACAUCGGGGACUCCCUGCAAGAUGGUGAGGCGAAAUUGAAUGUCCUUGGGGACUAUGUGAGGAACAAUGAGGAGCUCAUUCCACCACGAUCAAAGGAAAAUAUGAGCAGAGAUUUGGCUAAUUUGAGAUUUGACUUUGAGAAAUUCAAAUCAGCUCUUGGUGAUGUGAAGAGUGGGUUGCAGAGCAAAAUUGCUCAAUGGAGUCAAUUUGAUAGCAACCUUGAGCAGCUGCUAGAGUGGCUGUCUGACUCUGAAAUAUCCCUCAAGAACUAUAGUUUGAAAUCCACUCUGGGUGAGAAGCAAGAGCAGCUAAUUAAGUACAGAGAUCUUUUGAAGAAUUUGCAACAGCAUGAGAGUAGUUUGGACAAUUUAACGGAUGAAUCGUCAGAAUUGAUUCAAGGAAGUAGUGAAGCACGCCUUCCGGGGAAUAUUCAACAGAUCACCUCACGCUUCCAGUCAGUUCAGACAACAGCUAAGGAAAUUGUAAAGAAAUGCGAACAAGCUGUGCUGGAUCACGAAACGUUCAAUGAUAAAUACAAACAGUGCUCAGAUUGGCUUUCAUCGGGUCAGGUGAAGUAUCAAGAGUACCAGGAUUUAUCUACAGCUGGUUCGCAAGAAGAUAUCCUCACGAAGUACAAUGCUGUUCAGGAGCUUCUCUCGCAAAAUUCAAAUGCAACCCUUUUGCUCAAUAAUACCGUUGAAUUGGGUGAGAAACUCUAUCAAACAACAGCAAUGGAGGGUCGUGAUACAAUCCGGGAGCAACUUCAGGAAUUGCAAUUGGAAAUGGAGAAAUUAUUUGAUAAUUUGGGUACAUUGGCAAGAGCGCUUCAGACAAAAUUAUCCAAAUGGUCUGGCUUUGAGGAAUGCUCUCAGAGUCUCGAUGAAUACUUGACAAGCAUGGAGGGACAACUGAGUGAGAAUUUAAUUCUCAAAUCUACGUUGGAUGAGAAAAGGAUUCAACUGCAGAGCUAUCGUGAUCAAUUGACUGACGUUCAAAAUCAUAAACCUGAAUUGAUAAAUUUGAAGGAUUUAAUUGAAAAUCUCCCAGAACAGAAUGAAAAUAUUGAAAAUCAAUUUAGGAGCAUUGAAGAGAGGUAUGGAAACUUGCUAAAAUUAGCACAGAAGCACCUCGAAAGCUACGUGAAUAUUGUGAAUGAUCAUCAAAUGUACUGCAAAGCUGUUAUGGAUACGCAAGAAUUUAUCGAAGCUGCACAUAACACAGUUAGUCUCUGGGGAGACCUGGAUGUCGAUCGCGUGUCCUUAGCUACCAAUUUGGAUCGCUUGAGGAAGGUGCAGCAGGAGUAUACAGAUGAAACAAGUCGUAUUAAUGAUAUUCGCGCUCUUGGUGAGAAAGUCCUUCCGGGUACAGCUGAAGAGGGACAGGUGAAUGUCAAAGCGCAAGUAGAUAACUCCCAACAGGAAUGGGAAGCUUUGGUAUCAUCUGUCCAGACAGCCAUUGACAAUGUAAUGGCAAAAUUGCAGCAAUGGGAUGAAUAUGAGAAGCUACGUGAUCAGUGUGUUGCAUGGAUUUCUGGGACAGAUAAUAAAUUGCAUGCUAUUGAUCUAAAGACAACCAAAGCCGAGAAAAUUGACCAAUUGGAAGCCCUCAAAGAGUUGCAGGGUGAAGUUCGGGCUAAAGAAUUAGAAAUUGAUAGUGUAACCGAGCGUGCUCAGUUGCUGUUUAAAGGAUUGGCAAGUUCCCGUAGUAGUCAAAUAUCCGAAUUAGUCCUUAAAUAUCAGCAAGUUUGUCUUAAGGUCAAAGAACUCCACUCUCGUUGGCAGCAAUAUGUAUCUGGUCACCAGGAAUUCGACAAUAAACUCAAUGAUUGCAAUCAAUGGUUGGAUAACAUUAAGCAGAAGCUCGACUACUGCUCAGACCUUUCGGCAACAUCACCCAAAGAUUUGGAGAAUAAAUUGGCCACAAUUCAGGAUCUUCUUCUGCUCAAAGAUGAGGGAUUCGGGAAGGUACAGUCGGUGAUUGAGACAGCACAGAAUGUUCUUGCGAAUACAGCCCCAGCCGGUCAUGAUGCCAUCAACAAACUCCUGACGAAACUCCAGGAAGAUUGGUCCAAUUUAGCUCUUCGUAUGAUUGACGUGAAGACUUCUCUCGAUGCCUCAAUCAAUCAAUGGUCAGGUUUCCUAGAGGAAGUGCAGAAUGUCAAUAAAACCGUCGAUUGGAUGGAGAAUGCGUAUCAGGAAUUGUGUGACUACCAAGCAACAAUGACGGAGAAACGUGCCAUGCUGGAACGUAUUAAGAAUGCCGUGGAAAAGAUUCGUCUCGAGAGGAUGGAUGUUGAUAUCCUUAAAGCAAAGGCAAGAGAAAUGAUUGCAAGUGGGCAGCAGAGUUUGGCUGCUAAUCAAGCACAACAGAUCCUCGAUAAAUUCGAUCAAUUGUCCGAUAAGAUGAAUAAAUUGAUGAUUGAACGUGAAGAAGAAUAUCGUGAUCAUCGGCUGUACAAAGAAGCCUAUGAUGAUCUGUCUUCGUGGAUGGCAAGAGCUCGUGAUAAAUUCCCAUCGCUUAAGCAACAAUCUCUCAGCGAUAAACUCGCCAUUGACAAUAUCCUCGCACCUCUUGAGGCAUUACUGAAUAAGCAACCUCAGGGAGAGCUUCUUGUUGAGCAUUUACUGCACACAAGUGAAGUUGUCUUGGCGAGUACAUCGGAGCCUGGGAAAGAAGUCAUUCGGCGUGAUAUUGCAGAACUUCGUGAGAACUUUGAGUCACUCUUCAGGGAAAUUGCCCAGCAGAAGGAUCAACUGGAGUCUACGGUUAUUCAAUGGCGUGACUACAAGGAGGAAUACGAGCGGUUGUCCGAGUGGCUGCAGCAGAUUGAUAUUCUCGUUAAGAAUCACAAAUUAAACCUCUUGCCGACGCUUCAUGAGAAACAGAAGCAAGUUAAGGAGAUGGAUGAUAUUCUCAAGAGAUUGGAAAAGGGUGGGCAGGACAUUGAGAGAUUCAAUAAUGCUGCUGCACCACUUUUAGCAUCACACCUGGACACGUACGUUACAAAUCAACUGCGACAUCUCAAUUCACGCUACCAAGUUCAGGUGAAUCUGGCAAAGGAUGUGUACAAGAAGGUCGAAACGAACUAUGAGCAGCACAAGGAGUUCGAUGAAUGUGCAAAUAAUGCACGCAAUUGGAUUGAGAAUGCAAAAGAAAUCAUUCGGGAGUGCAGUGAGGCUUCCAGUAGUUCCAACAAGGAGACACUGCAGACGAAAUUGCAGCAGAUCACUGAUUUAAUUCGACGUCGCGAGGAGGGGCAGAAUCUCGUGCACACAACGGUCAAUAAUGGCGAAAAGGUGCUUCGUUCAACACGAUCUGAUGGCAAAGAUGUGAUUAAUAAUCAAAUAAAGGAAAUCCAAAAUGAGUGGGAUCGUAUUGUGAAGAAGAUGUCAACGGUUAAGGUUCAUCUGGAGACAAGUCUACUCCAGUGGGCAGACUACAGUUCCAGCUAUUCCCAAUUGCAACAAUGGAUUUCCGAUCGUGAAGCUAAAUUGCAGCAAGUUUGUGAGCAGAAGGUGGCAAAAUCCAAGAAAGGUCAACCUGGUUUGGCAUCAGGGCUCAGCGAGAGGAAGGCCAAUCUCCGGCAAACCAACAACAUCGUCCAGGACAUUGUUUCCUUUGAACCAAUGAUCCAAUCUGUCACGUCGAAAGCAUCGGAUUUGCAACAAGCAAUCCCAGCAUCGGAGAUUUCCUUCAAAUAUGAGAAUUUGAGCAAACAAGCCAAGGAUUUGUAUGAGAAGCAAAAGGAGACCAUUGAUAAUCAUCAGGCACUCAUUGAUGCUGGAAAUGAUUUUGCACAGUGGCUGAGGAAUGCAAAGGAGCGCUUGAGUAAGAGCGCAGAGCCCAUUGGGGAUAAGGAGACCCUGACAAAUAAACUCGGGCAGGUGCGAUUGCUGCAGAAUGAAGUGAAUGACGAGGGUACGCCAAAGCUCAAUAAAGUUCUGGAACAGGGUGAGAUUGCCUGCCGGAAUGCCGUUCCCACUGAUCGGGAGAUAAUUGAAGAGGAAGUGGCUCUACUUCAGGAAGAAUUUGACAACUUUGUAGAGAAUUUGAAACAAGCAAAGCAGAGACUCGAAAUUGGUAUUGUUAAGUGGACAGAGUACGAUGAUCAGUACAAGGAAGCCCUUGAAUGGCUCACAAAGACCGAAGUUCUCGUGCAGUCUUACAAUAAACUCCAGGAUAGUUUGGAGGAGAAGAAGAAUGUUCUGGAGCAAUUUCAGGCACAUCUGCAGACAAUCUUUGACUGGCAACGUGAAUUGGAUCAGCUGAAUAUGACGGCUCAGACACUCCUUGAGAUCUGCGCUGAUACACGUAUUAGCAAUGGAGUUACACAGCUUACAACAAAGUACAAUGCCUUGCUGUCAAUUGCAAAGGAAGUGAUGCGAAGACUUGAGCUGCACUACCAAGAGCAUCAGCAGCAUCAGGCGUUGUAUGGUGAGUGCCAGGAUUGGGUUGAGGCCAUUCAUGAUAAAUUGAAUGAAUGCCUCGAGGUGCCCAAUACAAUUGCCGAGGUGAAUCAGAAGCUAAAUACCAUUCAGAAUAUUAAGCAGCUGCUAGAGCAAGGGCAGAACAAGCUGAGAUACACGAUUGAGUUGAAAGAGAAAGUCAUCAUGAAUACGGAGAUUAAUGGUGCUGCCAAGAUUCAAGAGAACACCGAAAAUCUCAAGCAUGAAUUUGAGAAAUUAAUCUCGGAGAUUGGUGACAUAAAGCAGAGGCUGACAAAUAGGGCUGCUCAGCUGGAUGAUGUGACGAAAUUGAUAAAGAUUCUCAAUGAAUGGCUGGAUGAAGUUGAGCCGAAUCUCCAACUCUCCGACGCUUUCCUCAAUGAGUUGAGUGAGAAGAAGACGAGCCUUGAGAAGAAUCGUACGCUGCAGAAGGACAUGCGUACGUACAAUGACACCAUUGAGAAGAUUAAGAAUAAAUUGAGGGAUGAUGAGAGUUUGGAUAAGAAGGAAUUCGACGAAUGCUUGAGGCGCUUUGAAAAUUGCCAAGGGGUCAUUGCGAAGAAUAUUGAGAAUUUGGAGAAUCAAGUUCGUUACCAUGAGAACUACAAGCUUGCCUAUGGAGAAAUAGCCGAAUGGAUUCGCAAGACAAAGAUGGAUAUUCAGCAUUGCUCUGAUUCACACGGAGACAAACCACAGCUGCUGGAGAAGCAGGCAAAAUUGCAUGAGAUUGAACUCUCGCAGCCCGAAGGGAAGAUCCUUAUGGAGAAUACGAUCGAAUUGAGUGGCCAUGUGGUGGCGACGAGUGGUCGUGAGGGUCAGGAUGUGAUUAAUCAGGAGAUAAAGCAACUCAAAGCAGACUGGGAUAGUCUGCAGAUGAUUACAAAACAAUCCCACGAUGCUCUGACAAAUUGCAUUGCAACGUGGAAUAAAUUCACGGAGAAAUCCGAUGAGAUCAGCAAAUGGUUGCAGGAGUAUGAGAGGAAGAUUGCACAGAUGGAGUCUGGUGGGGAGAUCACUACGAGUGAUCUCGCAGCAUGUAAGAAAAUCCUCGAGGAUGUGCAAAAUCAGCGUGAGAAGAUGGAUGAUCUCAGUGAUGUCUGUGAGAUCCUCAUGGAGCAGAGCGCAUGCAUCUGGGUGAGGGAUAAAACGGUUGAGCUUCAAGGAAGGUACUCUCAACUUCUCAAUUCAGCUCAAGCCUUUGUUUCCAAGGCGGAGAAAUGUCUAGCCGAUCAAACCAACUUCCUCGUUUACAAAGAGCAAAUGGAGAAGUGGAUUGGUGGCAAGGAGAGUGCCAUCAAUGAAGCCGCGGUGCUUGGAAAUGAAGCGGCAAUUAGGCAAAAUCUCAAUUCCCUCAAUAGUGUGUAUAGUCGCCUCCCCGAGGGACAAUCCCUCUUUGUAAUUGUUCAAGAUGCAUUCACGAAGACAAUGAGCGUUACCCCAGCUGAUCACCAGGCUGAAAUUCAAGUGGAAAUGGAUAAAAUUCAGGGGGCAUGGGACAAAUUGAAUCGCGAUGUAAAUGAUGGCAUUGCCAAGCAGAAGAGCAAUCUCAUGCGCUGGGAAGAUUAUCGCGAUGCAAAGGUGAAAUUUGAGAAAUGGAUUGGAGACAUUGAGGGCACCCUGAAUGCAAAUCCCGAGAAUAGGGGAGAUUUGAGUGAAAUGAAGACACUCCAGGAGAGAUUUAGGAACAUCAAAGGGGACAUUCAGGCUAAGCGCGGUGAUCUCGAUCACAUUGUUGCCGAAGCAAAGGAGCUGAGUACUUGGUCAAAGACUCCACAUGAAGCUGAAGAAGCCACACGUUUGGUCACACGAUGGGAUCAUGUCAAUGCCAAAUGUGAAUCAAUUAUCUCUGGCUUGCAAACGGAAAUUGAUGACUACCUGUCGUACCAUCAGAGUUUGCAGGAAACUGAAAAGUGGCUCCUUCAGGUGUCCUUCCAGCUAAUGGCGCACAAUUCACUCUACAUUACAAAUCGCGAACAGACGCAGGAGCAGCUGAAUCAGCAUGAAAUCCUCCUGGAUGAGAUUCAGAAGUAUCAAACGAAUUUGGAUGAUCUCAAGGCGAAGGGAAGUAAUCAAAUCAGUCGCUAUGAGCACUGCAAUCCCUACAUAAAGAACACCAUUGAGACGCAUCUGAAGAAUGUUCAGGACAGCUACAAUUCCCUCCUGUUGACAUCAAUUCAAAUUAAGAAACGUCUCGAGGAGAGUAUGGCCAAGUUCAAGGAAUACGAAGACACCUUGGAGGAGAUUCAGCAGCAACUGAUCAAGAAUGAAGCUAUUAUGCCACCGGAGGAAGUUCCAGGGGAACUUGAUAUGUGCCGGAGUCAGCUGAAAUUUGCCCAGGAUCUGUAUAAUGGGCUACAGAAGGAAAAGGGACGCCUAGCAGCAGCUGUGGCUGCUUGUGAGUCCGCCACAGCGAGCAUUAGUCGCCCAAGUUCACCCAUUGAGACAGCAAUGCAACCAAUUCCGGAGAAGGAGCUCAAAGUACGAGCACAGCUUGAAGAUCAAAUUGAUCAGAUUCAAACAUAUUUGGGAGAUCUCGUGAAGGCAAUUGCGGAAUUGGAGUUAUUGGAGAAGCAGAGGAAUGAGCUGGAUGAUUGGAUCAAUAAACAGCAAGCUAUCGUGUCGGAUUGGUUGUCGCGACCGUCCAAAUUGCGCAGCGACGGUGCAAAGCAGGAACUGGCAGCUAUGAAUGAUCUACUCAAUGCGAUUGGAGACAAACGAUCGCAACUUCUCACCGAAAUGUCAGGGCCACUGGAAGGUGAUGAUGAGACAACAAAGAUUGAAGAGCGUCUGGAUAAGCUGGAGGACGAUCUAAUGGCGGCAAUUGUGAAGAAGAAGGAUGAUCAGGGAGUAAUUGAUGAGUACCGGAAGUGUACUCAAGCAACACACGGCUGGAUUGAUGAAUUCAUUCAACGAAUGGAUGUUCUCGACAGCGGCAGUGGGUUGAGCUGCAACCAAAAGCUGGCAACAAUUCAGAAGAUUAAGGAAGAAUUUGAAUCAGCUGGUCCUGGGAAGUUGGCAGCAUUCAAGGAUAUUGCUGCAAAGACCGUGGAAGUGAUCAGCAAUCUCGAUGCGCAGCAAGUUGAGGAGCAAAUUAAGGGUAUCGAUAGGCGUUUCAACGACAUCUCCAAGAGGAUCAACAGGAAGAUUCAGGUGAUUGAGUCAACGAAUAAGGGUUUGGAGAAUCUCAAGAAUGACAUUGAUAAUUGCCACAACUGGGUAAAGUCCUCAAUUGCCGAGCUGAGUAGCCCAGAGGAGAAGGGUGAGAAUGCCGAUGCAAAAUUGGCGCAUAUGAGGAAUCAGCUGAAGCAGGCUGAGGGCAAGCAACCGAUUAUUGAGACACUUGAGAAGAGACUCAACAAUAUCCAGUCCGAACUGGAGCCAAUUGUGGUGUUGCAGCUGCAGACGGAGAUUCAGAAUUUGAAGGCAGACGAGCAGAGGCUCAAGGAGCUCCUCAAGGCGGAAAUUGGCACAUGUGGCAAAGAGAUUCAACUCCGGAAGGCCAUUGAUGAGAAUCUCGCGAAAGCAGGUGAAUGGCUGAAAGCCCACAAGCCGGCUAUUGAGAGCGAAAAUCCCCUGAGUGUGGGUGAUCUUGAGGCAAAGUUGCAUCAAUGCAAGAAGCACGAGGGCGAAUUGAAGGAGUUCAAGGAUGGUGUGCUGAGUGAUUUGAAUAAACAAUCAGCUGCACUCUUUGCAUCAGCUCCAGAGCAUGAAAAAGACUUGAUGGGAAAGAAAAUUCAACAAAUUCGCGAUGAUUACGAUGCAAAUAGACAAAUCGUUGCGGAGAAAGUUAAUGAAUUGUCUGGCCUCAUCCCUGAUAGGCAGAAGUUUGAAGAUAAUCUCCGGGGAGUGAUGAAUUGGCUCAGUGAGACUGAAGUUAGCACCUCGAAUCCCAUAAGAACAACCAAUUUGCCAACUUUGGAGGAACAACUUGCAAGAUACAAAAAUUUGGCGCGGGAAUCUGAAGGUAUUCGUGGGAAAAUUGCUGAUAUCACGGAAGAAGCUGCAAGAAUAAAUCCCACACUUACACCAUCGGACAAACAGAAGCUUUCGGAUCAAUUGAGGAGUCUCCGGGAGCGAUAUGAUAAACUUUCCAACCUCAUUGAUGAUCGUCUGAAAUUCCUGGAGAAGCACAUAAAGGAAUAUUUGGAGGCAAAGCAGAAAGUUACGGAUUAUAUUCAAUUUAUGGGACUCAUUCAGGCUGAAAUAAAGAAUUUGAAUAAGCCUGUUGGGAGGAAGAUUGAGGAUGUCCAGGAACUCCUGCAGUCCUAUGAGAAAAUCCUAUCAGAUCUAAAGGAUAGCAAGGCGAAAAUUGGGGAGAUUCAAGUUGAAAAUCUCCCUGAACUUCAGACCGUUAUAACGCAGCAAGAUGAUACCAUUCAGCUGAUUGAAGAUCAACUAGCUCGUCUGCGACAACUCCUCCUACUCCGUGAGCAAUUUAUCGCCCUUGUUAAUGAGAUAAUAACCUUCAUUAAGAAGUAUACAGCCGUUGUGACGGAUAUUGAGAAAUCCGGUGAUUCAAUUGAAGACAAAAUUGCCCAAUAUGAUGGUGUUAUACUGAAGAUUCAGGAGUGUGAGGCAAUCCUGGCGUCAGCUGCGGACAAAGGCAAUAAAAUCGCAUCCGAAGGGACAGCAGCAGAUCGCAACAGCAUCACGGAACAGCUGCAAUCGCUAAAGAUGCAGCUACAGAACUUGCGGAAGUUGAUUGAGAGUCAAAAGCAGAAGCACGAGAAUACCCUGGCGGAGCAUAAGAAGAUGCAAGCAGAUCUCAGCGCACUGCUGGAUUGGUUGCAUCAGAAUGAGACACUCGUGAAGUCUCGACCACUCCUCAAUAGAGAUCCAAAUUGCGUCGAGAGAGAAAUUCAAAAUCAUCACAUGCUCCGGAAGAAAGUUGAGAAGCACCUUGAUGAAAUUCAAAAGAUUAACGACGCAGCACGCAAUGAGAUGGGAUUGCCGGGAUCUCUGCUGGAAAUGCUGUCGGAGAGUCGUAUGCUGCUCACGACACUGCCAGCGGAAUUGAACGAUCGCGAGGAGUAUCUGCAGAAUAACAAAAAGCACCGACUCGACUACCUGCUGCUCGUGUCGAAGCUCAACAGUUGGCUGGAGGAAGUUGAGGUUCGUCUGCAGAACAGCAAGCACGGCAUUAAUUUUGAGAAUAUCGUCGGUGAUCUGGAGGAGCACAAGCUCUUCUUUGCCACUGAGCCCAUGAUGACGGACUUGGUGACGGUGCAAAUACAAGAAGCCGCCGACAAGAUUUGGCCAUCGCUCAACAACUCAGAGCAGAAUGAUCUCUCCAAGGAGCUGCAGCAUCACAAGCAGGUCUUCAAGAACACCGUGAGUGCCGCCAAGUCGCAUCAGAAUCACCUGGAGGAUAAUUUGAAGUUGUGGAAGGAGUACUGUGAGUGCUAUGAGAAAGUGAAUAAUCUCAUUGAGAGAUCCAAAUUGCCUGAAGAGAGUGUGGAGAAUUUGGGGGCGCUCAAUUUUAUUCUGCAGAAAGUCAACCAUGCGCUAAAUGAUGUACAGGCAAAAUCCGUGGAUGUUGAUGCCCUGAAUGAGAAGGCACAAAUAAUCAAAAGAUUUGCCGAUGCAGACAAUUUGGAGAAGAUUGAACGGCAACAGAGUAAAAUUAAUGAGAAUUGGAAUAAUUUGAUUGUGGAUUUGAGACGCCGAAAGGAAUUUAUUGGGACACUUUUGGAAAAUUGGGAGCAAUUGGAUAAGAAGGCGCACACCCUUGAGUCACAGCUGACACAUAUUGGGGAGCAAUGUAAGCUCCUCGAUCCUGUUGUACGAUCGAGGAAGCAACUCGAGGAUAGCGAAGCAACGCUUCAGGAUCUCGCAGUAAAAAUUGACAAUUGUCGUCCGUUGUGUGAAGACUUGGGUGAAUUGGCGGACACUGUACUUGACUUGCUGCAUAGGGUCAAUCCUGCGUGUGCAAAGAGUGUCGAGGACACGGUGAAGACACUGAAUGAGACGCAUAAAACACUUCACAAACAAAUAAAGGAUCGUGUUAAUAAGAAUAAGGAAGCUCUCGAGUGGAUAAAGAGGCAAUUUUUGAAUACAGUCGAUUUGCAGAAUCAACUGAGGGAGCUCAAGAGUCGCGUGGUGGAAUUUUAUGUCUUUGGGGAGAAUCUCGAGCAGACUGAGAAUAAUUUGCGAGAUUUGAGAAAGACAUUGAGUGAGAAGGAUAGCGAAGUGAAGAAGUUCAUAAGGAAUUUACGGGAUAAUUAUACAAAUUCACAAAACUUCGUCCCAACUGAUAUUGCGCAGGAGCUAACUGCAUUGGAGCUCAUGCUUGAGCAGGUGCACGAAGCAAUGGAGGAUAAGAUGAGGGACUUUAAGAAGGCCCGCACUGUGCGUUCGGAGUAUCUGACGAAUGUGGAUGAGAUACAAAAAUGGAUUCAGGGGGCUGAGGAUAAAAUUAACAAUCACGGCCUUGAGCCAGCACAAUUUAAGGAUAUUCUGCAGAAAUUAAAUCAGGAACAUGUUCUAGUCGGCGAUAGACUCAACUAUGUGCGCAAAAAUGGCCAAGUGAUAAUUGAUCAUAGUCAAAGUGGUGAGGAGAAGGCAGUCAUUGAGGCGACUGUGGAUCAGCUGGCGAAGCAACUGGAUCAAAUUGGUGCCCUGCUGGCGGAUAAGCGGAAGCAAGUUGAGAAUACAUUGGAUGGGUGGUCGAGAUUUUUGCAUUUGUACCAACAAGUUAUGGAUUGGGUCAAGGAGAAGGGUUACUUCCUCUCGGAACCAUUGGACAUUGUUACCCUGCAGCAGGUGCGCCAAAAGGCGGCCGACUAUGCGGUUGCAGUGAAGAGUGUGAAGCCAAUUAAUAAAAAUCUCAGCGAAAUGGAUCGUGAAUUGGAGCAAAUCUCAGAGUUGACGACAGUCGGUGAGCUCCGGGAUAAGUUGCAAGAGGCUGAGGAUUCAAAGGCUGUUGUUGAGGGAAGACUGCUGGAGAGAAAUGGACUGUUGCAGGAAACAUGCGAAGAGUGGGAACAGUGUGAGCGAAAGCUCAAGGAGGUCCGUGGAUGGAUUGAGAAGACAAAGAGUCAACUUGAGUCACCGCAGCAACGAAAGAAACCACUGCGUGAUCAAUUGGGGAUUCAUGAGAAGACUUUAGCGGAUAUUUCAACGCAAAAGACCAAAAUUCACAUGUCCAUCGAGAAACUUCAAGUGCAUUUCCGUGAACUCCCCAAUGUUGACUCAAGAAUCCUCGAAGGUGCCACGGAGAUUGUGACCCAGUUGGAUGAACUACGUGAUCUAAUACGCCAGCGUACGCGUCAAAUUGAGGAGACACUUAAUCAAAUUGAUUUGUAUCAGCAAAACAUUCAGACGCUACGGCAGAAAGUUAUUCACGAAGAGCAACAACUGCGUCACAUCCUAUCACCCAGCUAUUUGGCACAUGAACGCGAUCGUGCAGCCGCAGAGGAACAGGCACUGAGGACCUCCAUUGAAGGAAGUCAACACAAAAUUGACUCUUUCAUCACGCUGAUACGCCAACUGGACCCCUAUAUUAAUUUACCAGUGGUGGUAGGAUGGGAAUCUGCACCGAGACCUACGUAUGCUGAUGUCCUGUUUGGACGUACGCAAAAGCAACCGCCGCCACAGCAUGUUUAUCCCCGUGAAAUUGCACCGGUAGUACGUGAAGAAGUUGAGGUGCCGGUAGUUGUGCCGGCUACUGUGAUGCCGUCACAGCCGGUAAAAGUGGACGUUAUUGAGCAAGUGCCAAAUGUUGUUGUUGUUGUGGAGGAGGAGAAGAUGAAGAAAAGUGAAAAGGGGGUGAAUGAUGCUCAAAUGGAAAUUGUGCCAGAAAUAGUUGUGCAGAAAACACAAGUGUCUGAACAAUCUCGUCAAUCGAGAUCCCCAAAUAGAGUGGUGGAUGAGGCAAAUAUUAUUGUGGGAACAUCGGUUAAUGUUGACUUACUCGGUGCAACGAGUUCAGUUCCACGUACUCGUUCGCGGAGUCCAAUUUGGUCUCCCGGUAAUACAUCCUAUGCCAAUGUGCUAAAAGGUUUGGAAGUUAGUGAUUCACCACACAGUGUGGGAUUUGUGGAGAGUGCACCCAUUGAGGCACCACGAGAAGCAUCACCACGACCACCAAGGAGGAAGCAUCAGGUGGAACAGAAGAGUUUCCAGCCAUCCAGUGAGAUGCAAACAACGAAGUGGUCUCCUUCUCAUGACACCCCAGUCACACGAAGAGAUGACAAGCCUCGAAUAGAUCUGGUGGCACCUGUGCCCGUGCACAGGGGUGCUGCUGCCAGGAAGAGCGAUUCUGAUUCUAGUCCUGAAAUACAAAAGGAUGAUGCAGCGAAAAAGAAGCCCCAAAGAAAGAGUCGAUCAAGGAAUAAGAAAGAUUACAAGGAUAAGCCUCAGCAGCUUGAUCAAGAAUCUCCUCAACCGGAAAUUCUGCAAGAAAAACCCGAAGGGAUCAAGGCAAUUGAGGAAAUUUCUGCUGAGGAGCAAUCAUCUGUAGUAGAACCACAAAAACCAUCACGAAAAAAAUCCAAGAAACAGAAGAAAACUCAAGAUGUUCAACCAACAACAGAAGAGCAGCUAAUUAUGAGAAAAAUUACAAUUAUAAGGAAAAAGAUCAUUCGUCGCAUUACAAUUGUUGACGGUAGGCAGCACGUGAGUGAGGAAGUUGUGGAGGAGCCAGUAGAAGUGGAAGUAUUGGGAGAUGGCGUGCCCCCCACGCUAGAUCCCGAGAUUGUCACAAUUGAGGAAACUCCCACGAUGGAAAACACCAAGAUUGAUGACACCAAUUUGGCAGUGCAACCACCCAUUGGUGUUGUUGAACACAUCACAAGAACCAUUACGAUUAUUCGCAAAAAGAUCAUUCGCCACAUUACGAUUAUUGAUGGCAAGGAGCACGUUACUGAGGAGGUGAUUGAAGAGCCCGUUGAAAUGGAAGUGUCUGGGGAGGAAAUCCCCUUCCUUGAGCCAGAAAUUGUGCUUGUUGAGGAGAAAUUGACGCAAAGUGAACCCAUUCAAGACAGUAUUUCAAUGGAUCCCGUCGCGGAAAGUUCUCACGCGAGUGUUCAAGUGGAUGAUUCACAGAAAUCUAAUGAAAUUGUUGAUAAAAAUUAUUUGAAAUCAACUGAUAAUGCAACACAGCCGGAAAUUGAAGUGCAAACAGUUGAAGAAAUUACUGAGCUCACAAAGGCACCAGAACAAAUAAAACAUGCAGAAAAUGAGGAAAAAACAAUCACAGAAGAACCCAAGAAACCUCAGAGAGAGAAGGGGAAAUCCAAGAAGAAAAAAGAUAAGAAAGUUGAGGAAAAAUCAGUGUUGGAACUCAAAGAACCCGUGGAAGGGCUCUCGGAACAAAUCACGAAAUUCGUGACAAUAAUAAAGAAGAAAAUUAUUCGACAUGUGAGGAUUGUUGAUGGACAGGAGCAAGUCACAGAGGAGGUUGUUGAGGAACCAGCUCAAGUGGAAAUUAUUGGGGAUGAAUUACCAAUGCUUGAGCCUGAAAUUGUCACGUCGUACGUUGAGGAGAAAAUUGAAUUUAAACCAAUAUCUGAGUCAGAAAUUGCUGAUAGAAAAUCUGUGUCUCCUCUACCUGAAAUGCCCAAGGAAGGUGUUCUUAAACACCCAGAGGAAGGUAUUGAGGAUAAAAAGAAACCAAAACGGAAGAAGGAUAAAAAGGUGAAAAUUGCAGAAGUUCCAGAAAUUCUGAAUGAACCAAAAAUUGAAGAUCAAUUUGUUGUGGAGGAAUUGAGGGAAAGUUCAAUUGUUGAGAAACUUGAAGAACCCAAAGAAUCAGAAAUUAUUGCAAAGGACACUGUUGAGGAGAAGAUUCCAGAGAAAGAAAUUGAAUCUGUUGAAAAUGUUCAGCAAGAUCAACAUGUGUCUGAGAAAGAAAUUCCUGCUGAAGUUCCUGUGGUUGAAGCACCAUCUAAACCAGCUUAUGCAGGACUUCCCCUUGACGAUACUUCCGAUGCAUGGAUGGAUGCAGAAAUUGUAAUAUCCGACGAAGAAGAAGAAGAACCAACAAUGAUUGACAAAUUUCUGGAAAAUCCAACACAGAUUGAAAUAGAAAUUAAAGAAAUCUCUCUUGUGGAAAAAGUGGUGGAGCAGCCAAUUGCAGAAGAUUCCGUAAAUAUGAAUGAAGAAAUGAUUAAAGAGGCACCAAUUGAAGCUCCAAUGAAUCCACCCCAAACUGAAGAAAAUUUACAAACUUCCGAUUCAGUGGAAAAAGAAAAUGCAGAAACGCCUGCACAAGCGGAUGGGCAAGAUAUAAGAUGGGAUAAUGAGCAAUUGGAUUCGAUUCCAGAAGGAGAGGAAACAGAAGAUUUCCCCGCAAUUUUACCAGAAGAAAAAACAGUCACACAGUCAAUUGUUGAUUUGGACAAUAAGAAAGUCUUCGUGAAGAAGAAGCACGUGAAGAAAACUAUAAAAAUAGUUGAUGGACAGGAACAGGUGACGGAGGAAAUUGAUGAAGAGCCAACAGAAUAUGAAUUAACAGGUGAAGAAAUUCCAGUAUUUAGGGAUGAUUCUGUGACACUCGUGCACAAGGAUCAUCUUCAGGAAUUCUCAAAAGCUUUCCCGGAUGUACAGGAAAGUGAAGAUGCUUCAAUCAUUCAAACAGUCGUGAGACAAGUGACACGAAAAGUUACGCGUCGCGUGACGAAGGUGAUAAGAAAUGUAACAAUAAUUGAUGGCAAAGAGCAUGUGUCGGAGGAGGUGAUUGAAGUCCCGGAAGAAGUUGAAAUAACCGAAGAUGAUCCUGAAUAUCAAACGGAAAUUAUUUCUGGGGAUAUGGAAAAGCCUCUGUGGAAGUAUAUUGUAAUCCAGAGCCCAGAGGAGAAUGUCGAAAGGACAAUUGUGGUGAACAAAGUGAAUGUGAUUCGGAAUAUUGUAAUUAAGGAUGGGAAGAAAUCUGUGAUUGAGGAGCACAUUGAUGAGCCUGUUGAAAUAAAAGUGACGCAGGAGGAAAUGCCAAUCUAUGAUGCCGAAAUUAUAAUGCUAAUUGAACAAAAUGCCCCGGAAAUAAUUAAAUCGCGAAUCCCAUACGGUGAGAAUGAAGAGGUGGAGGAUGUAAUUGUUGAAUUAACAGAGACAACCCCAUCAGUUCUCUUUGAAGUCCCCGAAAUACCUCAUAAGCUAACCAAUGGGAAAAUUGAGAGUGAUAUUGUUGAGGAAGUUAAAGUGGAAUCCGCCAAAAUACUCGACGAUGUGAAUAAUGAGGAGAAAACAGAGGGAAGUACGUCGAAUUUAGAGUUCAUUGUAACUAAAUCAUACAAGGUCAACCCUGAAGCAUUUACGGGCAGUGAAGAUCAAGUGGAGUUGGAGCCAAUAGUUCUAGAUGCCACCAGCCCAACGGAGAAGAGAAAGAAAUCCGUACAAUUCGACGACAUCGUCACGGUGAUCGCUGAGACAUCUCAAAGUAGCGAGGCGGAAGAUGUAAAUCUCCUCGGGGAGAGAAUGGCGCCAAAAAUAAAUGUGGGUCAGCUGAAAGAGGAUUUGGAUGUGGGCCAAAAUGAAAGUGUACCAGAAAUAGCCAGCUACAUUGAACAACGUGAGACACAGCAAAUUUUUAUAGAUCCAGUACCCUUCAUGAGUGUGGAAUUCCCGGAGAUAUGUGCAGAAUUCACAUUGGCAGCCGAUUUGGCUGAAGAUGAAAAGGUCGAGGUGCCAGAGGUGAUCGAUAGGGAGGAGUCUCAGCCAGUUAAAGAUCAAUUGAUCAAUCUACAGAAUGUACACGCUGACUUGGCUAAUGCAACAACGUACAAUGCAUUUUUGGAUGCAGAACGUGAAUUCUACAAGACGCAAAAACCACAAGAGAAACAAACAUUGAGUCAACAAAUAACAAAAAUCAUUACAAUAAUCAGGAAGAAAAUUAUUCGCCACGUAAAGAUCGUUGAUGGAAAGGAACAAGUGACUGAAGAGAUCAUUGAAGAGCCCGUUGAUGUGGAAGUUGUAGGGGAUGAAGUUCCAAUUUUGGAACCAGAAAUUGUAGUUUCUUAUAUUGAGGAAAAGAUCGAAAGUCCUUCAGUUGAAAGUGAAUUACUCAUUCAAGAACCCGAAAAAGAAAUCAUCCAAGAUUUGCCAUUAGAAUCCCAGGAAGAAAAAGAAGUUCUUCAAGACGUUCCAAUCCCAGAGGUAACACAAAAAGAAGAAAUAAAAAUUGAGCUUAUUCAGGAACCAGUUAAAGAAGAAAAUAUUCCAGAAGAAAUUGAAACGGUACGAGAAACAAUUUUCAUUGAAAAUUCUAAAACAGUGGAAAUUGCAAGUGAAGAACCUACCAAACAAACAAUUGAGAUUACCACUAAAGAAGUUGUUGAAAAACUUCCCGAAAUUGUUGAGGAAUUCCUCUCUAUUGCUGAAGAAGAAAAAUUGGCACCUACUGAGGAGAUUGCACAGCCUAAAGAGACUGUAGUAAAAGUCAUCGAGAAGAGUGAAGAAAAAACUGAAAUUGUAGAAGAAAUUGCAAAAGAAUUUGAACCAUCUUCAGAGAAAAUUAUCCAAGAUACUGUUUUGCAUGAAAAGACAACAGUUUCACCUCUUGAAGUACCACACUUUGAUGUUCUUUCCUUCAGUGAAGCUGAAAGAAAUUACUACCUCUAUUUGAAUACAGCACAAAACAUUCCCAAACAAAUCGAAGAAACUGCUUUUACUGUCCCAGAAACAGAUGAAGAAGAAGAGAUCAUUGUGAUUGAAGAAAAAGAACCGGAAACAAUUGUCAAGGAUAAUUCUGCAGCACUUAAUAUAACAAAUGAAUCAAGCUUUACUGAAAAUGAUCGUUCAAUGGAGGAAAUUGAAGUGAAACAAGUACCACAAAUUGAGGAAACAAUCCAGCAGCAGAUGGAAGAAAAGCCUAUGAUUGCUAAACCUGAAGAACCAGAAAUCAACGAAAAGAUUGCUGAAGUCCAACAGAUUCCCGAGAAGGAGGUUCCUGUUGUUGCUGAAGCUCCAGUGGCUGAAGCACCAUCGAAACCAGCUUAUGCAGGACUUCCUCUUGAUGACACUUCCGAUGACUGGAUGGAUGCGGAAAUUGCAUUCUCCGACGAUGAAGAAGCAUCUCUUCCCAGUCAAUCUUCUCAGCAACCUCAAGAAAAAGUCAUUCAAAUUGUAACGAUUAUGAGAGAGAAGAUAAUUCGUCGAAUUAAAAUUAUUAAUGGACAAGAACAAGUCACUGAGGAAAUUGUUAGAGAACCCAUGGAAAUUGAAGUAGUUGAUGGAGACAUUCCCGAUUUUAAGCCAGAAAUUGUGAUAAUUCAAGAGGGAGAUGUUGUGGAUCAUGCUCCUAAAUCUCAUGAACCAAUUGAGAUAAUUGAUUUAACAACUGAAGAAGAAGAAGUCGUUGAACCGAAAAUCCCUGAAAAGGAAGAUGUAAAACCUGCAAAAGAAGAAAUUUCCGUUUAUCUCCAGAAUCUUCAGGCUGAUUUAGCUAACACUGCGACUUACAAUGCAUUUUUGGACGCUGAAAGAGAUUUCUACAAGACACACAAGCCCCAAGAGAAACAAACAACAACUCAACAAAUUACAAAGAUCAUCACAAUCAUCAGAAAGAAAAUUAUUCGCCACGUAAAGAUCGUUGAUGGAAAAGAACAAAUCACUGAAGAGAUCAUUGAAGAGCCCGUUGAAGUGGAAGUAGUAGGGGAUGAAGUUCCAAUUUUGGAGCCAGAAAUUGUGAUUUCUUAUGUUGAGGAAAAAAUUGAGAUAGCACCAAAGGAAGAUUUCACAGAAAAAAUUGAAGAUCAACCAGUGAAAGAAAUCGUUGAAAUAAUUGAAGAGAAAAUUCCUGAAAAAGUCGACUUAAUUGAUUCAAAUGCAAAACCAGAAACUGAAACCGAUAAAAAUGUCACAGAAUCGGAAACACUUGUAAUUAAAGAAAAAAUAGAAGAACCGGAAAUAAUUAAAGAUGAAAAAGUAAUUAAAGACAUAAAACCAUCUGAAGAUAAAAUUGAGAUUUUGGAAGAAAUUAAAACAGAAUCACAAGAAAUUUGGCUUGAACCUCAGACUAAAGAAACUGUUGUGGAAACAGAAAUAAUUGUCAAAGAAAUUGAAAAAGAGGCUCAUGAUAUAUCAGAAAAAGUUGAGGAAAUUAUUCCAGAAGAAAUUGAAUUAGCGCAAGAAGCAAUUCCAUUAGAAGAACCCAAAGUUGUUGAAACUCAACCUGAACAAAAAGAUUCUGACCUACAGGUUGAAGAAAUAAUUCAAACUCCUACAGAAACUGAAACUGAAUCAGUAGUUGAACAGAUUAAACGCACAAUUACGAUCAUUAGAAAGAGAAUAAUUAGGCACGUGACGAUAGUUAAUGGAAAGGAAAAUAUUACUGAAGAGGUGAUUGAAGAGCCCGUUGAAGUGGAAGUUGUUGGUGAGGAAAUUCCAAUUCUUGAACCAGAAAUUGAAAUUAGGGAAAUAAAAGAAGUUGAACCAGUCAAGGAUAUUGUCGAAGCUUUAAUUCCAUCGGAAGUAAUUCCUGAUGAGAAGAUUGAUGUGGAAAUUCAACCACCCUCUGUGAAAGAAGAAGUCACAGUGACUGAGACUCUCAAUGAAGAUGGAACUAAAACUGAGACGAUCGUGAGAGAAACUAAAGUGAUCACAAUCAUUCGAAAGAGGAUCAUUCGUCACGUGGUAAUUGUUGAUGGGAAGGAAGAAGUGAGGGAGGAAGUGAUUGAGGAGCCAGUUGAAAUUGAAGUUUCUGGAGAUGAGAACUUUUCCUUGGAGGACUAUUUGCCUGAAGGUGAAGGAUAUGAAACGGUUGAGAAUGUGACUGAACAAGUGAUUAGAUCUGGGAAGAAAAUCAUUCAGCAUAUUGAAAUAAUUGACGGGAAGGAGCACAUAACAGAGGAAGUGAUUGAUUUACCUAAAGAGAUUGAAAUCAUCGAACAAUCAUCUCCAUCAGACACUUCUCUUGAAAUUAUUCCAAAGGAAGCCGUUGAGGAAAUUCCACAAAAGGAAGUAGAAUCGGAAAAAAUAAUAGAAUCUGAAAAAGCGACUGAAGUCCAAGAAAUUCCUGCUGUUGCUGAAGCUCCAGUGGCUGAAGCACCAUCGAAACCAGCGUAUGCAGGACUUCCUCUUGACGACACUUCCGAUGCUUGGAUGGAUGUGGAAGAGAUGACAUUCUCAGAUGAUGAGCCAGAAAUCCCCCAAAAUGUUUCGAGUAAAGAAAAUGAUCGCUCUGUUGGGGAAAUUGAAGUUGCAGCAACUUUACCUGUGGAAGAAAAACCAAAAGAAGUUGAAAAGUUGGAAGAAAAAUUGCCUGAGGUGGAAAUUCAACCAGAAAUUUUAGUUGAAAGAACUCAAUCUGUUGUUGAAAUUGAAAUUGGCGAUUCAAAGAUGUUGGAUAAAUUCCUGGAACAAGAAAGAUUGGCUCAUUUACCAAAAGACACGAAAGAGUCAAAUCUCUCAGCAGAUGCCAAGGAAUUCGUCCCUCUUGUGAAAACAAAACCAACGGAAGAAAAAUUACAAGAACAGCCGAUUGAAGUGAAAGAAAUACAGGAACCAGAGACUGAGGUGCAAAUUGCUGAAGAAUUAAUUGACCAACCAAUGGGGGUGGUGAUUGAUGAGAAACCUUCUGUGGUGGUGGAAGAAAAAUCAAUUCCACAGGAGCCUAAGAAGUCCCCUGAAGAGCAAUUGCGUGAGAAAAUGCUAUUUGAGGAGAAGAAAAAGCAGAAACGUGAAAAACGUGGGAAAAUUAAAUCCACCGAUGAGGUCAAGGCUGAAUCGAGUUCACCUGAAUUACUGAGGGAUUCAUCCUCAGAGAAAUCAUUUGAACACAUUUCUGCAUGGGGUCUUCCUGGUGAUAAAACUUAUGCCGAAGUUGUUGCAGAAAAUUUGCCACGGGGUAGAGUUCCCCAUAAAUUGCGCCCUGAACGUCCUUCCAGGGAGGAAACCAGUGAGGAUGAUAGUCUCUUUACGCCCAAAACUCCUUCAGAAAUAUCACAAACAGAGGAACAAGUAAUAGAGAGGGAGCCAGGAGAAGAAAUCAAAGAGCUGGUAGUGACUCAAGAAGUUCCUAAUUAUGAUGAAAAUUUCAGUUGGUACGAUGCAAUUGUUGAACAAGAAAAAUUAAUUUCUUCUGCUCACCCAGAAGAACCUCAAACAAUUGAAAUUCCUGCUGAAAAUAUUCCUUCAGAGCCCCCAAAAGUUGUUGAGCAACCGAAACAAGAAGAAAUAUCUUCUCAACCAGAACAACCAAAAUCUUGGGCUAGUAUUGUAGGUUCUUUUGUUACCAAUCUCUUUGAUUCCUCAUCAAAACCACCAGAAACUAAACCAACAGUAUCGCAUGAAAAAGUUCCGCAGGAGAAGGCAAGUAGUUCUGAUAGUGCUAAAUCAUCAUCAGAUUCUGACGAUAAGAAAUUACCUAGUGGAGUUGGUAAAGAAAAGCCUGAAAAGAAAGCUCCUGCUAAGGAAGCAGAAGAAAAGAAGAAGCAGAAAAAGAAAUCAAAAAAAGGAAAAUUAUCUGAAGAAAAGUCUCCAAGUGCUGAAAAAGUUGAAGACAAUGAUUGGAUAAUUUUAUCUCCUCCAAGUGUUGAAGCUAAUGUUGAGAAAUCACCUGAACCUGAGCCUAAACCUCAUGAAGAAUUAAUUCCUGAAAAAAUUGAAUCUAAGAAGGAAAAACAAAGAAAGAAGAAAGAGAAAAAAUCAGCAACUCCAGAAAUUAAAUCUGAAGAAAUUAUUCAAGAACCCAUCAAGAUUGAAGAAAUUACACAGCAAACCCCUUCAGUUGUGGAAGAAGUAAAAGAGGAGACACCUGAAGAAAAACCCUCAAAGAAGUCAAAGAAAAAGUCAAAGAAAAACAAAAAGGAACCAGAAAAACAACCUUCAUCCGAGAGUUUUGAACAAGAUUGGGUUGAUUUGAGAAAAUCCGAAGAACAAGAAUCGCCUGAAGGGAAAAUCCAACCUGAAGAAGAGAUUAAAGUUACUAGAAUUGUAACAAUAAUUCGUAAAAAAAUUAUUCGGUACAUUAUUGUUGAAAAUGGCGUUGAACGUGUUAAAGAAGAAAUUGUUGAGGAACCUGUUGAAGUAGAAGUUUCAGGAGAUGAACUUCCAAUUUUGGAACCUGAAAUCGUUACAAUUGAUCAAUCACCAUCUGCCCCAGUAGAUGAAGAACCAUUCUUUGCUGAUGAACCAACAAGAGAAAUUUCUCCCAUAAAAAGUGAAGAAAUUCCUUCGCCGAAAACUGAAGAAAUUACUUCGUUAAGAACUGAAGAAUCUCCUCAAACUAUUCCUCCUGAAACACAGUCAUUACCCGAUAAAAUCACAGAACAAAUCACACAGAAGAUAACAAUUACAAGGAAGAAAAUUAUUCGCUACAUAACAAUUAUUGAUGGAAAAGAGCAAGUUAAUGAGGAAGUUGUUGAGGAACCUUUUGAGAUUGAAAUUGUUGGUGGAGAAAUUCCAGUUUUGGAGCCCGAAAUUAUUGUUGUUAAAGAACUAGAACUAGAACCACUUUCUCGUGAAAAAUUAUCAUCUGCCGAACCAGAGGAAACUUCCAAAACAGAUGGUAAAUUGGAAGUUGCCACGGAAAUUGUGAUUGCAGGAUCUGCAGAAAUUCCCAUUGAAGCAGAACCAAUUGUUGAAACUAAAGAAACCAAAUCUGAGGAGUUACUCACGACUGUUGUGACUGAUGCUCCACAAAUUCCAAAUGAAGACUCAGAAAAGCCCAAAAAGAAGAAGAACAAGAAAGAUAAGAAAAAGAACGAGAAGUCUAAGGAUGAAUCUCCAGGAAAACCAGAUAAAGAUGUGCCAAAACUAGACGAUAAACCACUAUUGGAAGAAGACAAGAAAGUUGCUGAUUUAGCUAAUCCAGCAACUUACAACGCAUUUUUGGAUGCAGAGAGAGAUUUCUACAAGACACAGAAACCACAAGAGAAAUCAACAACAACUCAACAAAUUACAAAGAUCAUCACAAUAAUUAGGAAGAAAAUUAUUCGCCACGUGAGGAUCGUUGAUGGUAAAGAACAAGUUACUGAAGAGAUCAUUGAAGAGCCCGUUGAUGUGGAAGUUGUAGGGGAUGAAGUUCCAAUUUUGGAGCCAGAAAUUGUGAUUUCUUAUGUUGAGAAAAAAGUUGAAAGUCCUUCAGUUGAAAGUGAAUUACUCAUUCAAGAACCUCAAAAGGAAAUUAUCCAAGAUUUGCCAUUAGAAUCCCAGGAAGAAAAAGAAAUUCUUCAAGACGUUCCAAUCCCAGAGGUAACACAAAAGGAAGAAAUAAAAAUUGAGACGAUUCAGAAACAAGUUAAAGCAGAAAAUGUCCCAGAAGAAAUUGAAUUAGCGCAAGAAGCAAUUCCAUUAGAAGAUCCCAAAGUUGUUGAAAUUCAACCUGAACAAAAAGAUUCUGACCUACAGGUUGAAGAAAUAAUUCAAACUCCUACAGAAACUCAAACUGAAUCAGUAGUUGAACAGAUUAAACGCACAAUUACGAUCAUUAGAAAGAGAAUAAUUAGGCACGUGACGAUAGUUAAUGGAAAGGAAAAUAUUACUGAAGAGGUGAUUGAAGAGCCCGUUGAAGUGGAAGUUGUUGGUGAGGAAAUUCCUAUUCUUGAACCAGAAAUUGAAAUUAGGGAAGUAAAAGAAGUUGAACCUGUAAAGGAAAUUGUCGAAGCUUUAAUUCCAUCGGAAAUUGUUCCUGAUGAGAAGAUUGAUGUGGAAAUUCAACCACCCUCUGUGAAGGAAGAAGUCACCGUGACAGAGACAGUCAAUGAUGAUGGAUCUAAAAUUGAGACGAUCGUGAGAGAAACUAAAGUAAUCACAAUCAUUCGAAAGAGGAUCAUUCGUCACGUGGUAAUUGUUGAUGGGAAAGAAGAAGUGAGGGAGGAAGUGAUUGAGGAGCCAGUUGAAAUUGAAGUUUCUGGAGAUGAGAACUUUUCCUUGGAGGACUAUUUGCCUGAAGGUGAAGAAUAUGAAACGGUUGAGAAUGUGACUGAGCAAGUGAUUAGAUCUGGGAAGAAAAUCAUUCAACAUAUUGAAAUAAUUGACGGGAAGGAGCACAUAACAGAGGAAGUGAUUGAUUUACCUGAAGAGAUUGAAAUCAUCGAACAAUCAUCUCCAUCAGACACUUCUCUUGAAAUUAUUCCAAAGGAAGCCGUUGAGGAAAUUCCACAAAAGGAAGUAGAAUCGGAAAAAAUAAUAGAAUCUGAAAAAGCGACUGAAGUCCAAGAAAUUCCUGCUGUUGCUGAAGCUCCAGUGGCUGAAGCACCAUCGAAACCAGCGUAUGCAGGACUUCCUCUUGACGACACUUCCGAUGCUUGGAUGGACGUGGAAGAGAUGACAUUCUCAGACGAUGAGCCAGAAAUCCCCCAAAAUGUUUCGAGUAAAGAAAAUGAUCGCUCUGUUGGGGAAAUUGAAGUUGCAGCAACUUUACCUGUGGAAGAAAAACCAAAAGAAGUUGAAAAGUUGGAAGAAAAAUUGCCUGAGGUGGAAAUUCAACCAGACAUUUUGGUUGAAAGAUCUCAAUCUGUUGUUGAAAUCGAAAUUGGUGAUUCAAAGAUGUUGGAUAAAUUCCUGGAACAAGAAAGAUUGGCUCAUUUACCAAAAGACACGAAAGAGUCAAAUCUCUCAGCAGAUGCGAAAGAAUUUGUUCCAAAACCGGUAGAAGAAAAACAGAUACAGGAGCAAAUUCAAAUUUUGGAAGAGAAGAAGGUUUAUGCGGGACUUCCGCUUGAUGAAACUUCGGAUGAUUGGAUGAUUGUUGAAGAAAUGACUUUCUCAGAUGAGGAAGAACCUUCCGAAACAGAGACUAAACCAGACACUUGUCCAGUUAAAGAGACAAUUUCAGUGAUUGAGGAGAUUUCACAUGAUGUUUUACCACCAGCGAAAGAAAGUGUUCCAGUUGAAGUGUCGCGAGUUAAUGUACAUUUUGAGACAGAUUUCUGGCCUAAUAAGUAUCUCUAUGAUGAUGCUGAGGAAGCAUUUGUAAUUUCACAGAAAGCUCCUCAGGUGGAUGUUGUUGAUCCUGAAUUGGUACUGAGACGUAAUAUACUGGAAGAUUUGUCUCCAAUUGUGGGGAUUCCUUUGUUGUCUGAUGCUGAAUGCCUGUGGCAGACACUCUUGAGUAGGGAACGACCUAAGCAAGUAGUUGAUGUUGAGGUUGAUGAAGUUGCAAAGGAGGGCAAGGACGACGAUGAUGAUGAUGAUGAUGAGGAUAAGGGUCGUUUGUCAGAUUCCCAAGAACCACUGGUAGUUAAUGUAGAUGCACAUGGGUCCAUUACGAGGGAGACAAAGGGUCAUUGGGAUAUCCCCAACGGUGGCAAAUGGAGAGGGGAAAGCACAUAUCUGAGCAUUGAAAGUACUGGUGAUUACCCGGAGACAGCACAUGAGAGUGAACAACACCCAAUCCAAUUGGAAUCUACUACUAACAUCACCCAAACUCCACCUCCUAGUCCCACACACACUCCCAUCCUUGACAAUCCUCCUGAAUUCUUCCCACCAGAAUCCCUUUCCCAUGCAGGAAUCUCUGAUCGUAUCAUCGCACACAGUUCUGAGCCUUUAGUAGUGACCGAACCGACAGACAUCUCCGUUCAAACGAACAAGAAGGAUGCGGUUGCGAGAGAAAUUGAUCAAUUGCUGGCAUCAAUUGCGGGCACAGAGAGGGAUCUUGUUAACUUGUCUAAUGAGGAUUUGGCAAAAAUGCUUGAGAAGUUGAGAGAAAUCUUGGAGGCACUCAAAACUCACGAUACCGAAGCUUCUGCAAUUAAGGAGAAUGUCUCUGCUGAUGAACCUGAUCAGGAGGUUGAUGCAUCUCUCACGAUGAUUGAUACGAAAAUUGAGAAAUUAGUUACAAGAGCUACGAAAGCUUUUGCUCUUGUUGAGGAUGCAAUAAAUCAGCAACAAAUGCGACAGCUAGAGCUGAAGAAGUACAGCCAAUUGCAGCAAGAAAUAGAAAAUUGGCUCUCAUCCAUUGAAAUUCCAUCCGCAAAGGUCAGUCAGGAAAUCAACACAGUUGAUGGCAUUCAGGAAAUCAUCGCAGAUCAACAGAAGCUCAUUGAUGACAUCACAGACAAGGAGCAGAAGCUGGAGGAGAUUCGUGAUAAAUGCCAAGAAAUGCAGAAGCAGCAGCACGUGAAGAAGUUGGCAACAACGCUCACGGAACAAUUCACAAUCAUUCUCACCCUUCUGGAGACGAGGAAGCAAUCAACGCUGAAUUACAUCACAAAACUCCGCGUGAGGGAGGAUGAAUUGGUGCGGGAGAAGAAGGACGAUGAGAGGGAUACAUUGGAAUCAAUGUCAAUGCCAGAAGAGGAGCCUGAUGGGCAGAAGAUGACAAUUGAGACGCAAACGAGUGUACAAGAGGAGAAGAGGAAGGAUGCCCCACAGGCUGAUGAUGAGACACAGACCAGCUUCCCCCUGAUUGAGGGUACACCACGUGAUACGCAGAGUGCCUUUGUGCAGACUCAGCAGGAUCGACGACCCACCGACAAUAUAAUUGUCCUCCAUACAUCGGACGAGGAGAAGGAAACCAUUGAGAUUGAUAAUCAACUAAAUCAACCCAUCCCGAAGGAUGAACGCCCAUCUGAUGUUCUCGUUGAGGCGAAAUUCAAUCAAACACACCCCGGAAGUGGUGCCAGAACAUCCGAAUUGGUCCUCCGGAAUGUCCCACAGUCAUUUGAGACGACUUUCAUUGAGCCGGAUGAGACAACGACGGAGGUUGUUGUUGACUCCGAUGGAACAAAGAGGAUUAUUGUGCGGAAAGUGAAGAGAACGCACGUCCAGAGGGAAGUUGUCAUGCAAUCUGUGACUGUUGGUGCUGAAAGUAUUCCCAUUGUCCAGGAGGAGACAAUAGUUGAGGAGAUUCCUCUUGCCAUUGAGGAGGAACCUGCAGUUGGACAGCCUGGACGUGAUUCAUCGACAAUUGAGACAAUUGUUAAGCACGUAACGCGAAAGAUUGUCCGGAAGACACGAAAGAUUAUCAAGAAGGUGACAAUUAUUGAUGGAAAGGAGCAUGUGACGGAGGAAGUUGUUGAGGAACCUGAAGAGGUUGAAAUAAGCGAAGAAGAACUUCCAAAUGUCAAUAUAAAUCUCUUGAGGGGUGUUGAGGAGUUUACUGAACUACCUGUGAGGGAGUCUGUGAAGAAAACAACAGAGGAAUUCCUGCAGAAAUCUAUCGAGGAAGUUUCAAGAAAAUCUUCAGGGGAACCUUCAAGAAAAUCACCAGAAGAGGCAGCAAAGAAAGAUGCAGAGGAAGAAAAGGACGAGGAUACGUUUGAGAUUGUAAAGUCAGAGGAGCUAGAGAAAGAAAGCUCAAAGGGAAGUAGCCGCAAAGCAAGUGGGAGUGACGAAAAAAUGAAAGGUGAAGGAGAUGAGAAGGUAUUAGAAUGUCAAAGAGCACCAGUAGAUUUGGUAACAGCAACUGCACAUGUAGAUGAAAAUCAACCAAAUGUUGAAAUUGCAGACACAAAUGUAAGAAGAGAAGAGGAAUGUCCCAGCGAGUUCCCACAACCUGUUGGAACUUCCACAGCAAUUCCUCAAGUACAUGCAACAGAUGAUGAGGUGGAGGGUAGCACGGCACCACACAAAGAACUAAUAGUCACUGAUAUUAAAGAAAUUUGGCCCCCAACUGAGACAAUUGACGAAAUUCCCGUCCAUUUAUUAGAUACCAUCACCCAUGACGACACUAAGAAUGCAAUCGAUCACACAACCGAUGAAAUAUGGCCAACCAAUCCUGACAUUGGGGCUGAUGUUGAUUUACAGCGCUACGGGGUGUCUGUCACGGUGGUUGAGCAUGUCAUUGAGACGGUUGAGAAGCACCCCGAAGAGAAAUCUCUUGAAAUCUCUCAGAAAGCCCCAAUUGAUGAGCUAAAAGUCACUGCAGCGGUUGUUGAAGCUUCCCCCGAAACUCCAGGUGAGGAUAGAAAGAAAGUACAAGGUGAUAAAGCACCACCCAGUGAACAAGAAAAGCCCCGAGAAGCUCCAGAUACUCCCAAAGUUCCCAAAGAGGAGAAGAAGGGUGGCCAACAACCACCUUCAGAACCCUCAACUCCUCACGAAAAGUCAGAAGCUCCCGAAGAAUCUCAUGCUGUUGGGGAUGAGGGUGAGAGAACAAGAAUAAAAGUCACCCUCCCAUCUCUCACGUCAGCAGCUGAGAGUACCCUGACGGUUAACAUGAAAAUGGAACCAACUGAGCAUACAAAGAUUAAUGUUAAUCUCACGGAAAUAGCCCCCGUUGCUGCCAUUCCUGACACAUCCGUACAAAUUAUCGAGGAAGUUUCACAAAAGAGUGAAUCCCCCAAAAUUUCAACACCAGAAAUUUCGGAGAAAACACCCGAGAAAAUUGUCCUGGAAGUGCAUGAAAAGAUUUCCGGAAGUGAUGAGCAGGAAGUACGUCAAACGGGCUAUGAAGCUGAAGAUGUGACAGUUGAUGAUGCCAAUGAGGAGAGUAGGAAGAGUAAAAGAAAGAAAAAACGGAAACAGAAACUAAAGGCAAAAGAUGGGGGAGAGACAACUGAUGACCAGGAAUCAAGUGCAUCGAAGCACAGUGCAGAAGCAGAAGAAUCUACAAAGGUUGAGAAGGAGGGUGUUGAGAAGGAAAUUUCUCCGGAUGAAUCAUACGGAAGUAUUUCGGAGUAUGAUCCGGAAUCAGUGAGAAUAAUGGAGGAGGCGGUUAUCCAGUCACCAUCACCGGAUGACUUGAAACCUCUUCCUAGUGAAUUGGUGACGACAGUUCCGGUGAUGGACACGCUGUACGUUGAGGAGAGUGAGCAACAGACAUCAUUGCCGUAUGAGGAAGUCCCGAAAGAAGAGAUUCCGCGAGAAAGUCCACCAAAGGAAGCUGUUGUUCAGGAUGAGCACUCAGUGCAGACAUCCCCCAUCCACCAACCACAGCCAAUGACGGAAAUUUCGCAACAAACAAGCCCAGAACCUGAACCAGAGCACCAAGAGACUGAGGCUCAAACAAUUCUCAUUGAAUCCACUGAAGUGGAAAUUCAAACAACGCCGAUUAAACUUGCAGAUGAGGAGGAUGUGUCAGUUCCCAAAGCGGAAGUAACUUCGGAGGAGAUUCAAACGGAACCUGUGGUAUUUGGAGAGAAGACUGAAGCACCACCCGUUGUUGAAACCACCGAUAGUACAUCCCAGACAACUGUUUUAGAUACACGAGAGCAAAAUUUGCAAACAUCUCCCACAGAAUCUCCUGAACAUCAUCCCCGGAAGGAUGUGAGCCAAGAGGAGGAUGUCAGUACAAUUGCUUCGAGAAUUGUCGAUGAGAUUGUAGCGGGAAUCCCAACACCAACAGCUACACAGGAAACAAAUACAGAAACCGUGACAAUUCAUGAGGCUACAGUUCAAACAACCCCACCAGCUGCCACGCCCACAGUUCAAUCUCCUGAACACGUUGAAACGCUGCAAAUUGAAGAAGUUCCCGAAGUGUCAGAACCUCCAGAUGUUGAAGAUUCUUCCCUUUCAACGACAACAAGUGAACCCUAUGAGAUUCACGUGAAAGCUUCAUUAAUCUAUCCAGCUCAAUCAUCCGGAGAGACUUAUCACAAAAUCCCAGAGAAUUUCUCGGUGGAAGUUACACGAUCAUUUGACCUCGAAGAUGGGGAAGGUCCAAAGAGUUUCCAUGAAAUUGUGGAAAUUCCUUCAGCUGAUGAGCCACCGAAGCCAAAAUCUGUGACAAUUUCUCUCGUGAAGAAGACUGUUGUGGAUGAAUUGUUUGAUCAACCUGAUGUGCAGGAAGAACAGAGGAAGGUGGAACGAAUGCUGGAGGGACGAUUGAAGAUGUCUCAGGAUGCGAGACAAUCGCCAUUGAGUAAUGUCCUGCACCUGGCCACACUGAGUGAAUCCAUCACGGAGGAACCAAUUGAGGAACGUCUUGAGGUGCUUCAGGAGAAUCUCGCGGAGCUCGAGGAUGCAAUUCAGCGGCAGGAUUCUCGGGUAAUCCACAGAACUGUGACGAUUAUCUUUGAGAAGAUUUCCGUGUGGCUGGAGACAAUUGAGUAUCGCGUGUAUGUGACGCGUCAGAGUGCAUCGUCUGAGCCGUCGGAGAGGAAAAUUGGGGAAUUCAAUGAGCUGCGGAAUGAGUUGGAGUGCAUCCAGAACUACGUGGAGCACCUGCGGAAGGAUCUUGAGCAACCAAUGCAGGAUGUUGAGAGUGAGAAUAUGGUGCAAUGUGUCAAUGUGAUUGUUGAUCAUCUUCGUGCCAUUGACAAUGUCACGCAAUCCAGUGAGAUGCAAGUUCAGGAUGACUUCCGACGUUUCAGUGAGUACCAGAUGAAUGUGGAUGAGCUGCAGAUGAAUAUUCAGCAGCUGAAGAGCAAUUUGGAUCGUAUUGUCUCCGAGGAGAUGGGCUUGGAUAAGAAGCUCCACCUUCUGGAUGAAUUUGAUGACAUCAAUCGUGCCUUUGGGAAGGAAGUUCAGCGGCUCAUUCACGUGGCUCGUGGACUCGAGAGGGAUUUCCCCGAGAAGGAAACACCCGAGCAGAUUUUCAUGUGUCGCGAAAUGGUGGCAAAUCUCGAUGGGACAAUUAACAUUGAGAGGAAUCGUCUCAAUCAGCUGGUUAAUCUGGCGCAGGAGUACGAGCAGACUCUCAAUGAAUUCGCCAAGAUAAUCCUCAUUGCGGACUCCCUGGUUGAGAGUCAAAUCACAACGAGCAAUCUGGACAAUUUGCAAAAUGAAAUUCAGAAGCACCGGAAGUUCUUUGUCAAUCUCAGUCACUGCAGAGCCAUUCUGGAGUCGCUGGAGAUGAAUUUGGACCCAGUAACGCGAGAGAAGCAUUCACAGCUGCAUCAGACACUCCAUGAGAGUGCCACGACAAUCCUGGAUAAGGCAUCAGAUCGUGCUCAGCGACUCUCAAUGGCGGCAUCACGGUGGACAGUGCUGGAGCGUGGGAUGCGUGAGGAGAAGCAAUGGUUGCAGAUUGCUCAGCAGAGAAUCCCAGAUCUCACGGAAGUGACAUCCACAGAUUACGAUCAAUACAUAAAUAUGUAUCACUGCCUGAGUGCAGACAUUGCGCAUCAUCACGCCAAGCUUGUGCAACUAACCACAACAGCUGUGAAGUUGCAGGAACUCGUGUCAGCGUCCAAUGUUGAGGAUGAUUGCAAUGAGCAGCUAUUUAUGAUUCUCAAACUCAAGGAAGAUGUUGCGCUGAACCUGAAGAAACUCCUGAAAUUCCGCCAAUAUUGGAUUCUCUAUGAGACAACAACGGAUAAAAUUGAGAAUUGGAUAACAACGAGUGAGCAUCAUCUGGAGAAGAUUGAAAUCCCCAAAUUCUUCAAGGAAUACCCAUUGGAGCACAUGCGCCUCUUCUGGGAUAUUAAAGCGGAAUUUGAGUUGUACAACUCAAUCAAGGCGGAUGCUGUGACAAAUCUCGAGAGAGCCCUUGAAGUUGUCCCGAUUGCUGAUGAAUUGCUGCAGAAGGAAUUCCAUCAGCGACUUGAGGAUAAAUGGGGGAGUGUUGAGGAGAAAAUUCAUCGGAUUCAACAGCUAAUUGUGGACGGUAUGUCAGCGUCGAAUGUGCCAACAGAUGAGAAGCUAACACUGCUGCAGAAGGAGCUUGAUGAGCUGGAGAAGGCCAUGGCAUCCGUGAAGGGUGUUAUCAGGAGUCAAGAUGAGCUGCAGCUGUACAUUGAACGCAUGCAGAUUCUCAAUAGUCGCGUUGUGAUUGUUGGCACAGAGCUGGGACGCAUUGGGUUGACCUCAUCAUCCGAUUCAGAGCGAAUUGGUCGAUUGUUUGGGAUGUCCCAUAGGAUUUCUAUGCAAAUCUCCGAGGAACUCGAUGGUGCUCUCGUGCUGCAGGAUCAACUGAAUAAAAUCUCUCAUGGAAUCAUCCGGAUGCGCCUCCUGCAGCAAUCUGGCGGAGAGACGCUCGAUCAGUGCGAGGGAAUUGAUCUAUCGGGCACGGAGAUUGUUGAGAAUGCUCUGUAUGAUUGCCAGAGAGUUCAUGGGGAUCUCAAGACACACUGGCAGGGAAUAAUGGAGCUCAGGCAACUCCUUCACACUCUACCGAUGCGCCUGAAAAUCUCCGUGUCACCCGUAAUGCUGGAGAGGGAUAUUUCUCAGCUGCAGGAUGAUCAUGUUGUCCUUGAGUCACGUUGUGAGAAGAUUCUCAGCUCCCUACGUGGGGCAUUGCACCUGUGGAAGACGUUCGAGAAGCAAUUGGAGCAAGUGCAGCAGUCCAUUCAGCAGACGGACUACAUGGUGGAGUUGCUGAAGGUCUACGGACAGGUGGACUAUGAGCGUCUUGUGAAGGCCACGGAGAGACUUGAGGGCCUACAUGGGGAUCUGGACAGUCAUGAGGACCUCCUGGAGGAUCUAAAGUGCUCAGCUGAACCACUUGUGGAGAUUUGUAGUGCUGAAGUGGCGCAUAAGAUUGAAGUGGCAGUUCAGGAGACCAUCCAGGCGUGGAAUGAGACAUCGCAAAAUCUCACGGAUCUCUGCAGCAAAUACCAGCGGGCUGUACGUCUGUGGCAGCAAUACAGGGAUGCCACGGAGAGUCUCAACAAUUGGGUAGAUGAGAAGGAGAGUGAUUUGAAGGUGAUGGAUCCCAAUGGUGAUCUUCAGUACAUAAAGGAAUGCCUUAAUGCCCUUCCGGCGUACAAGGAACGUCUGGCUGAAGUACGGCAGAUGGUUGAUCAGAUUUCAGCUGAUAUUGAGCUUGAACCAGGGAGUCUGUUGGAGAUGGAUGUGGAAUCCCUGGGAGCUCGUUUGGAGACAAUGAAGGAGGCAAUAACAGUAUUAGCCGAUGAGGCUGAAAAGAAGCUCCAGAAGACGGCGGAACUUGAGCAGGAAGUGCGUGAUUCCCAGCGACAAUUGGAAGCAACACAGAAAGCCAUUGAAGACAUUCCCGAGGAGAUUGCCACGGAGGAGCAUUUGUUGAAUUUGCGGAAUCAUCUGGUGAAGUUGAGUUGUACACAGAAUCAAAUCCAGAAGAUGCACAGCACGAAGCUGGAGCAGAAUAUCACGACGAAUGUUUCAAUUGUGGAAGUGCUGAAGAUUUGGCAGCGUCUCUUCAAGGAUACCUUCCAGCAGUACUACCGGCUGUCAUCGACACUCAUUCAAAAUGAGGAUGUGGACGCUGUGCUGAAGCUCUGGGAGGACUACCUGCGGCACGUACAGACAUUCCUUGCCACGAGUAUUCCACAAAACUAUUCCAGUCUCUCGGAUCAUCGGCAUAUCUGUGAGGUGCACCAGAAUCUCCUGGUGAGUCAGAAGAGUGUCUAUGAGAUGAAUGUGAAGCCCCACGUGGCGGAGAGAUUCACAGAACUCGUCCGGCUGCACAAUGAUGUGCUGCAGAAGCUGAAUGCACGACAUUCCGAAGUUGAGGAGCGUAUUGGGUUGUGGGAUAAGUACAAUCGGGAGAUGACGGAGUUGCUGGAGUGGCUCAAGGAUAUGGAACAGAGUCGAACACGUUUGCAGCUGAGCUACCUCAAUCUGCGGCGUGUCCCGAAGAUCCGGCAGACGCUGGAUAGUCUCCUAGCGCGCGUUCCGGAAGGUGAGGAGAAAUCCCAUCAGCUGAAGCAGCAGCAUGGUGUUCUCCUCAAAUUCUGCGAUGAUGCCCUUGGGACGUCCAUAAAAAUGGGACAUGCAGCGAUAAAUCAGAGAAUUUCCAAUCUCAAAGCUGCCCUGGAAACAUGGCGGGACUUUGUGAAUCGCAUUGUGCACCUGGAGAAUGUCUACCAGCAGAAGGUGGCCUUUGUGCAGGAUUCCCUGCAGGCCACACAGAAGCUCUACACGGAGGUGAGUCAGAAGAAUCAGGUAACCGAUGGGAAUAUCAAGCAGCAAAUUAAUGAUUUGCGCGAGAAGAGAAUCGAAGUGAAUAAGUUGAGUGUGGAUCUGGAGCAGAUUGGUGUUGUGCUGGAAGAGAUGAAGGAGUGCGUGAGUCCGUAUGAUUUGAAAUCCAUGCGACAGAUUGUUUGGAUUUUGUGGCAGCAACAGGGUGAUCUCAAUCAGCAAUUGGGCAGCUAUAUAAAUAAUCUCGUGGACAAACUAUCCCUGUGGAAGAUGUUCAAUGACAAGUACACCGUGUUGAGUGCAUGGAUGGAUCAUCUGGAGAAGAGAAUUGAAAUGGGAACGCAGUUUGCUUACGUUGGAGAACCGGAGGAGAUUCAGAAGUACAUUGAGAAUGAAAUAGCCACGGAAAUGUCAUUUAAGGAGCGCGAUCGGGAUUGGGUUCUCUCAUCGGGACGACAACUUCUCACGCAUUUCUCCGAUGCAGACGAUCAGAGUCAGGCGACGGAGAUUCAGGAGAAGCUGAAUACCAUCAUUGAGCGAUGGGAGAAGCUGAAGUACCUCACAAAGGUGCGUGGGAAUGAAUUGAAGGAUCUCCGGUUGACGACAAUGCGCCUGGAGAUUCGUAUUGCCGAACUCCGGUCGUGGCUCUUCAAGAUGGAGACUGAUGUAACGAGGCCAUUGCACCUGGAUGACCUCACGGAGGCAUCGCGCAGGAAAUGCCGACAGGAGCAUGAGGAAUUGCAGAGAGCCAUGGAGAAGGAAUGCAUAAAUUUCGCCGAGGUCCUCAACCUCUGUGACAUGCUCUUCAAGGAUGUCAAUACGUGGAAGUCUCACUUCAACAUUGGCGCCCUUUCCGUGGCAAUCAAUAAUGUGGAGAAGCGUUGGGGGAAUGUUUGCAACCUCCUCACGGUACGUGGCAACAAAAUUCACACAAUGUGGAAGCUCUUUGGGGAGUUGCAAAAGGUCGAUGACGACCACAGGCAGUGGGUGAUGGAGAAGAAGCGACUCGUGGAUGAGUUGCAGCGUCAACGAGUUCCACGCGACGAGUUGGCGGAGCGUGUUGAGUUUAUCCGGGAACAAAUUGAAGAGGUGCGUCAUAGGGAACCGUUACGGUAUCAGCAGGAGAAGAACUAUCAUGGCCUUGUGGCGUCAAAUACACUCGAUACGAACAAUAUAAAUGAAUUACUGGGCAACGUGCCGGCAAUUCUCAAUGACUGGAGCACACUCCUUCCCUCCCUGAUGGCACUGCAUGAGAAACUCCAAGGAGAUCUCUGCCUCUAUGGGAAAUUCGUUCAAUCCCACGAGAAGGCUGUACUCAAUCUCACGCAAAUUGAUGCCCAUCUCACCCAAGUGGAAGUGAGUACACCACCUAAUGCUCAGGAAAUUCUCUCCGUUGAGGAGGAACUCAAAGAUUGCUCAGAAGUCCUCGAGACAGCCGAUAAACUCGGCUUGGCACUCAUGGAGACAUUCCCGGAUGUGGCGGCAAUUCAAGCCAUGGUGGAUGAGUAUCAGAAUCUCUAUCGUGACAUCAGCAGCAGAUUGCAGAAGCUCCGGGAACAGUAUGUGGUGGAAGUGGAUGAGAGUGUUCAAGUGAAUACGUUGACAUUUGAGCAGGAUUCAGCUGUGCAGGUGAAUACAUUGACCUUCGUCACGGCCAAGGAUGCCUACAUCCUCGAACUCAAGUCCGCCAUCAAGGAGAUGAAGAAUAAUCUCAAGAACCUCGAAACAGCUCUCAAUGACACCGAAGCGAAGAGCUUGAAAACCAUCAAAUCUAACAAAAUUGUUGCUGCCUGUGAAUCCUCCGUGGAGCUCAUCAGGCACCUCAGUAUGCUCCUCAAGACUGAGUGCCAUUCAACGGAUGAAGAGGCCUGCGUUGAGGAAGUCAAUGAUUUACUGACCAAACAUGAGAAUCUCAUGAUUCUCUGGCGGUCAAAGGAGCAGAAGCUGCAGGAAUUGAGUGACCUGGGCCGUCUGACUUGCCCUCUGUGCACACAGAAGAAUUGGCAGCAGAUUGACAAUGAUCUGUGGCGCCUGGAGCAGUGGCUUCAGUUUGCCGAGGGAACACAACGGCUCCAAUCGUCCCCGCCGUCCAACAUUAAUGAGCUGGAGGACGUGAUUCAGGAUCACCGGGAAUUCCUGCUUGAUCUCAAUAGUCACAAGAGUAUUGUGGCCUCGUUGAAUGUCGUGGGAGAUCACCUGGCCACGCACACAUUGGACACAGAACGUGCCCAGCAGCUGCGUGAGCGUCUCGAGAGGAAUAAUCAGCGAUGGGAGAAAGUUUGUCAGAGUGCGGCAAAAUGGCAGUCAUCCCUGCAAACCACCCUGAUGGGCAAUAAGGAGUUCCAUUCCAUCAUUGAUGAACUCUGUGCAUGGUUGGAGGCAACGGAGGCGCGCAUUCGUGCUGCCGAGCCGGUGGAUCUUACAGUUUCGCGUGAUAUUAUGCUUGGGAAAUUCCGACGAUUCCGUGAUUUGAGGAGUGAACUGGAGCGCUGUGAACCGCGUGUUGUGAGUCUCCAGGAGGCAGCUGAUCAACUCCUCAAGGCAUCCACCGCGGAAUCUGGCUCUGAGGAGUCUUCUGCUGUGAUUUACACGAGUCUCAAUUCCAGGCUCACCGAUCUCCGGCUACGCUUGCAAUCACUGCGACGUCUCACGGGUGUGUACGUGGUGAAAUUGGGGGCGGUUUUGGGUGUUGAAUCCACCGAGAUUUCCCUUCGAACCGCCUCACCGUACCAAACGCAAUCAACAAAUCAAUUGGAUGAAUUUGGAGUUCCCCUUGAAGGAGCGCACUCAUCACCGCAGUUGAAUGAAGACGAAUCAAAUGGCGGAGACGAGAUCAAUACGAGUGUCUUGGCGCGAGGCUAUCGUUUCUUGGGUCGUGUUCUGCGUGCUUCACUUCCCAUCCAGGCAUUGAUGCUGCUCCUUUUGGGCGUUGUCACUCUGGUGCCCCACGCUGAGGACUACUCGUGCAUUUUCACCAACAAUUUUGCCCGUAGCCUCGAGCCAAUGCUCCGCUAUCCAAAUGGGCCGCCGCCCAUAUAAACAUCCUUAUUCUUUUCCACAAAAAAAAAUCCCCAAAUUCCAUCUUUUGGGGACAAAAAAUAAAUAACUCAAAGAAAAAACUUACUCAAUGGUAUUUUAAGUGAUGCCUUAAAAUUUUUUUAAGUGGUCUCUACGCAAGAAGAAGAAAAUGCAAAAUGAAUGUCUUUUUCUGUUUUUUAAUAUUAAAUUUACUACUCAAAAAAUAAGAUAUUAUAAAUCACAAAAAAAUUAUAUCUACAAACAAUGAAGAAAGAAAAGAAAAGAUCAGCACAAUGUUUUUGUAUGACGACGAAGACGAAAAAAAAAGAAGAAAAAAAUCAUUUUUAGCUUAUAAAGAAAAUAAAGUCUCUUGUAUUAGAAGAUCAAGAAGAACAACAAAAAAAAAUCUAAAAAUAUGCAAAAAGGAAAGUAUUUUGUGAUUUUUUUUUGGGAAUUGCAUCAAAUAUUUGUGAAUGUUGUUUUAUUUUUCUAAAAGAAAAGCGAUCUAGUCGUAAAGAAAAAAACGUGAUGAGUGAUAAAGGGAGCUCUCAAAUGAACUCAAACCCCCCACAAAAGUCUUUCCUGCAGAGCAAGUGGAACGGCUCUUCAGAGAAGGCAAUGGAAGGGAGGGGUGUGAGGAGCAUUUAAAAGAAAAGAAAAAUAUUUUUUUCCUAUGGAAAAUUAAUUUCACUCCGAAUCUCCCAAAAAACAAAAACGGAGUGGAGUUAAUUUUGUGAAAAUUGCAAAUUUUCCACAAAUGUUUUGUAAAUUUUGUCAAUAAUAAUAAUUAUUUUUCACAUAAUGUGGUGCAUUCCCAGAAGAAAGAAAUAAAUCCACGAAGGAAGGUACUUUUUCCUGUAAUCAGAAACGCUUAAAUGGUGUGGUAUAAAAAACAAAAAACAAAGCAUAUUAAUCAUUAUAAAUGAGAUGAAUAAAGCGAAAUCACAAAUAAA